GGUGGAUUUACACAGUUUCAUUAAUGCAAAUUGUUUGAUGUAGUUAGUACUCAGGUUAUUCGACGCUCAAGAAUUCUUAUUUAGGCAGUUCAUAUCAUCCCAUACAUAGUGUUUUGAUCUAAGAUUGCAAUUCUUCCAUGUUUCCGCAGUAGCAUAUUGUUCCAUGGAGCUAGGGUCCAAAAUAGGAAUCAACAAGUGUUUCCACGACUCUACCGCCCGGCCAAUCCUGUUCCACUGAAUCCCCUCCCUUUUUCAUGGCCACAUAUCUUUACGGCUAAGGAGUGGGAAAUCUUUCUCCUGUUACACAAAUGAAAUGUUUCAUUUCAUCCGGGAAAAGCCACCUCUUUCUCCACAAACAAUGUCUUUGUCAUUUGAUCCAGGAGCCUUCCGUUAGAUAGGAACAGCUUUGCUAAAUACUGAGAACUCUCGGAUAGAGUAUUAGAAUGAAAAGACCAUUAAUUAUAUAAGGAAGAGCCCAGGGUUCUAGCCCAUUCCCAUUCCUAAAUCAAUAAUUCGUAGUGCUUUUGCCUUUCUUGCGUACUCCUGGUGAACCAGUUGCUAGCCAUAUGUUUAGGAGGCUUUUUUCUCCAGGUACUGGUACUAAGCCGCUUUGCCAUCUCUUCAUCUUCAUCUGCAAAGAAUUCUCGACGUGAAAACACAGAGACAAAGGCCUUAUCUUUGAAUAGGAAAAAGAAUGGAUCCGAAGGUCCCAAAUCAAUUGGCUUAUUCGAAAAAAGCCUUCUUCUUUGAAAGAUAUAUCUCGUGUCUGGUACUGCAUUGUUCCACUCUGCAAGAAGUCCGAAUCAGUCUCUUGCACCUCCCCCUUUUUAUGAUAAAUAUACCAUAAAUAAUUCGAAUAAAUAGCAGUCUCUGACAACUCAUCCUCUUUAAUCUGCUUGGACCCGCUCCAAUACCCAUAGGAAAAUCCCCAGUCAUAUUCAGCGUACCUGUCCCUGCAAUCAAAUAGAUUGUCCCAAGGGCCCCACCCAUAUUCUAGGAGCCCAAGUUAUGCUAUUGAAAAUUCGUUCCUCUAGCAGUUCCGGUUUGACCAUUCCGUUCCCUUUUUCAAACUCCACUUCUUUUCAUAUAGCAUCCCUAAUCAAAGAGAGAACAAUAUCCAUUUCAAAACAUUUCUAACGGAUUCCUUUCCUUGGUUCGGACCGACGAAGUAAUGGCACUCGAUUAUUAUCAACCCGACUGCAAUCUUUUUCUGUCGGUAAGGAUUGCACCAGAGCACCUUCAACUUCAAAUAGAACAGGAACAGGACUUCUUUGUCACAGCGUGCUCAUGCUUGCUUCUGAGCUGACUAACGAACCUAUGACUGCGGCAGCAAUGGAUCUCGACUCCAUCCAUACCGCUCUUCCUCAGCGCACGCGCCUGUGCUAUGGAAUCGAUUCAUCCCAAUGGUUUGGAGCAGAGAGACUCAUCCACAAGAUUGAUGAGGGACAAGCCGCCUUUGUAGAACAACCUACACUACAGCUUCUCAUAGGCCAAGGUAGAGGUUGACCAACACCAGCCCGCCCGCUUUGCUUUUCAGUGAAAGAAAGUCCUCAUUCCUCUGCUCUGGACAAAGAUGACAUUCUAGGUGCCUCGAGCGUGAAACAAUCCAUUAGGACGUAGCCCUGCUACAAGAAAGGUGCCAGACUUAGCCAGGUCUAGACUUCGACUUCUAAAAAGAGAAAGCCACUCACUCAAAAAAGAGGAGGAAGCGGGACUGACCUCUGUUCGAGAAUAGAAUAUAGCAAGGAAUCGAGGAAAUCUGUCUUAUGGAGGAAUGUUGAAGACGGACAACCCAACUAGGAGAGUACAUGAAUCAGGAAUCUUGCUUAGAUCCAAUCCAUUACGACGAGAUUCUACCAUUCGGGCUUCAUCUUGUGCUAUUCCUAGGGAAUUAGUGAUUCAUUGAGAACAUGAAAACAUUGCGAUAGUGAAGAUACCAUACCACUCUCUUUCACCACAGCAUUGCUGUUUAUUUCCUUAGAAAAAGUAGGUGUUUAUUUCCUUAGAAAAACAAGACUAGACUAGACGGAACAACAUACAUAGCCUAGGCAUAUCUGGGGUGGGGCUUCUCUUCACUUUUUACAGAGGCUAGAGCCGAACCUUUAGGAAGAGCGAUAUUGAUCUAGUAAAGUAAGUGAUCUAGGCUCGAUUCCAUUCCCCUUUCUCUAGUAUCGAUUCCAUCUUAAGGUGGUGCUACCCGCUUCAAAAACCCGUUCUGCCAAUCUAUACUUGAGUUCGUUCCCUUGCACUUCACAAGGAACUAGUACUAGUCAGCUCAGGCUAAAAGAUACACAUUCAAGCUGGGAGCAUGGAAAGCUUAUCCUUGCCAAUGCUUCUCACGGGGCUGGACUAGUAUUUCUGCUGUUGGUAUCUUUUCUGCUCUGCUGAAGUGAACAUAUACUAACAAGGGUGUCAACCUAUGGCCAGUAUCAAGUGCCAGUGCCGCAGAGAAGUGCUUAACCUUUUAUCCCGAGCUUUGGACAGAACCGCUUUCCUAGCAGCAAGGGCUUUAUUGACCACUGAACAGAUUCGCUAUUCGCAGGCUUUCUUCCUUCCGCUCAUGGAAGCACUCAUGCAUCCACUUCACUUGCUAAUUCAGCCGUUGACCCUACCUCAGCCCAAGGCAAAGAAGAAUAUUACGUACGAGGACUACGAUUCGUUCCACAUUAGUGAGCCCUGUCCUAUAUGCUCAAAUGCACUCGGUUCAGUUCAGGUUGGACAAUCUCAUAUUAUAGAAAUACAAAUACGCUAUCAAAAAUCUCAUAAAGAAAUGUGACAAAUUCAUCUUAGCGAGCGUAUGGAUCAUAUGCCCCAUUCAAUUAGCCCAGGCGCCCAGUGAUCGGAGUGAUUUCCUUACAUCGGGAAGUUCUUACGUUCCUGAUACCGGAGUAGAAUACUAUUGAUCAUUCUCAAUGGCCCAGCCCAAUAGAGAUAGAAAUCAUUUCUCUAAUUUCUUGAUCGAUAAAAAAGGGCAUAACUCAUAACUAAACUAAUUGUGUUGCCCAUGAAGGGUAGUCAGUAGCAACGGAUGCACUACACUUGUACUUAUACUUUGAGCGCACUAGCCUUUAGCGGCGUUGCGCGUUAGGACGACUACGAAAUCCGUUUUCUUUUGCAUCCGCUUUCUUUGCUUCCUCCGUUCCCGGCUUAUUCUUCAACUCAGCACCUGUCUUUUGGGUUGAGCACUAGCACCUGGCACUUCUACCACUGAUCCCAUUCACUCAACAGAUUUCUUCUUUGACAAGCCAGGAUUGGACUGUACGAAUUGGGUGGGCACUUGGCUAAUGGAUGUUGCGAGAAUAGAACGAAUCCCUCUUCUCUGAAUUGGCGGAUCUGAGAUUCCUUCCUCCUGGAGAAUAGAGAUCUUGACUAUCUUUACUUGAAAGCCCUCUCUACUACCAGUUUGAGCACUGGCCUAUUUGCUUGCCGGGAUAUGAGAACAGAACCUUGGUUCAUAGCAGCUAGUUUCUCGUGUGGAUGGAUACGGUUUCAUUCUGACCUUUGUUGACUUCGGGCAAGGGAAAGUCAUGGGAUCUAUCUAGUUCAUAAACUGCCAGUGCUUUUGCUUUCUACGAGGCAAGUCAAGUCAAUCAAAGGCAAGGGACCAAACCCCACCGCUAGUCUAGGCAAGGCUAUGAAAUGAACUUAUAGAGAUGAUUCGCUCGUACAAAAGAAAAGGAGAUCGUUUACCGGGGGACGUUGUUAAAGCGUAUGCCGAAAGAUACAAAACUUCGAAAAUAGUGGCAGUUGGCGUGAGGGUCUAUAGUAUAGUAUAGUAUAGUUUGGGUCUCAAAAAUGAAUGUGACGUUCGCCUACUUUCCGUAGAGGAGGGCAAGAAAUUCGAAAUUACAAGUUGAUCUACCCAAGAAAUUGAACGAUCUCAAUCAGCUUAUCGAGCCAAGGAAGUGGGACCUAAAACUAGGUAAGGAGAGAACUUGACCACCCCUCCCCAACUACAUAACCAAGAGGAAGGGGGAAAAACUCCUCGAAAACCUUCCGUCUUCUUCGUUGGGGAUCUCGAAACCCUACCCUAUGAAUUUUGUUCUGAUGAGGUGAAAUCACAAGUCGCGUAUGCGGGAGGCUUACCAACCUAUGAACCAGAAUCGGAUCCGAACCGGAACAAACGAGUGCUUUCAUUCCUCGCUAGAUAACAACAGAUUCUACCACUGAUCCCAAUCCCAAGUCCGGAUUCUACCACUGAUCCCAAGCCCGGAUUCCACUACCUAUCAAUGUGUCAGUUCACUAAAGCAAAUCGUCUUUCCAAGGUGGGCAAUGACAUUCAAAAGUGAUAGAACGGCUGAUGUUGCCUCAAAAACACGGGUUCUUGAGCGUAUUUUAGAAAGACUUCUGGCUUCUUUGGGUUGGGCAUGAUAACAACCGACUUGUUCACACCUGUAUGAGACCAAGGGACCGAUGUACCCAACAUCCUAUUCUUUCUUUUCCACGGCUUUGCUUUGACUCAUGCGUAGAAUUGAACAGAACAGGGAUCAAUCCUGGCCUGGCCUGGCCUUUGCGGCCGAUAUGAGUGAUAUCUUCCGUACUAGAGGGAUGGAAGCGGCACCCUUAUAUAGACUUCCCUAGACUCUACUCUCUUUUCUUUACCAGCGAGUUCGAGUCAGCACACGUCCACGCAACCACUACUCUACUUACCGGCGCACGCAACCACUACUUAAAAUCUCAAUCCCAGUCCCAUCCGUUCUAUAAGCACUCAUGCCGGAACUCACUUCGAAGAAGACAAUGUUGCCGAUGAUAAAAGAGAUGGCAGCACAACUUCUAUUUUUUAUGCUAUGCAAAUCUCUAUGGAUUCCCUUGGCUCACACUUUUAUUCAUCUAAUCUACGAGAACACUAGCGUGCCGCAGUAGACGAAGAAGGGAGUGCCACUAUUGCUUGGGUCGGUUCAUCAAGCUGGCACUUCUCCUGAAGCCACAAGCGAACCAGAUCUAGUUAGAUCCGAAAUCUUAGGUGUAGGUCCCGAUCCGUUCUUUUAUUCUACACAUUAUUACUCAUUGGGUAUCGAUUGCAGUUUGAUUUGUUGGCCCUGGAGAACUGCAGUCUUCAACUGGCGCACUGGAAAGUGAGAACUCUUUCUUUCCUUUUGAUUGAACUCUACAAUACGAUUUCGGAGAUUGGUACCAGAUUGGAAUUCAUUCUCGGAACUCUCCUCUAGAGAAUGGCCUGGCUAAAGAGAAAGAUCUGAUCUGUAUUGUAUCCCGGCACCGGCACGAAUCGAACAAGAGUGCAGCGCGUUGAUCUUAUGAUAUGCGCCAGGAAAUAGUGCCACUGGCAGCCACUAGGUGAGAUCAAAUCUACUUUUGGAAUUGUAAAUCCAUUCUCCCGAGGCAAAAUCGGGUGAUGAAGAGGUGGUCCAGGCCCAGGAACGGAGGAAUGCUACACGAACAGAAGUUUGCACUUUCUUAGGAAUGGCUCCCAAGCUUGCCAUACGAUUCACAACUUUCGCCCAAAUAACCAGCUUGCUCUAGAAAUAAUAUUGAAUUUAAUAAAGCUACUUCCUAGCUUUGGGUCAAGGUAACCCACACAGGUAGUUGUAGAAGCACGGGGUGGGUCAUCAUUAGGCCUAUAUCCUCUGGCACAUGCUUUAGGGCUCCCGCGGGUCCAUCCUCUGCAAAGUAAACAGCAUCUCGAUUCCCCGAAUUAAAGAGUGACUGGUUCCCAGCUUGGGAAGAGGUCCAGAAUUAGUACUAGAGAUGUUGGCAGGGGAAGCCCAUAUCCAUCCCUCGCCUCGAAAAGGGCUUAAGAGCUCCAUACCUUUUGGGUAUAGAUCAAACAAAAUAGGGGUAUGGGCCAUGGGUCGACUCGGGUAAGCGAUUGGGACAUCCCUCGAAAGAGGCGAACUGCUCUCGUUUCCAUAUCCGCUUAGCAGUUGCGUGUUGUUGCGCGGGAUCAUAUGCGGGGAAGGGUCCGAAUAAGACGAUGGCAGCUCCAGAACAUAAAAAACAAGGCUUUUCCAGGGGCCUCUCCUUGGGGAGCACGGCAUCAACUCCCUGGUGGCAUUUCAUUUGAUUAAAUAUUAAAUAAAUAAAUAAGUGUGUGUUGUCCACUGCCUCCAAUUCCUUAAGAGUAAGAGCCAGGGUUCAUUGGAUCUCGCUACACCCCUUCUCUUUGUUUAGGCAUUCCGCGCCAUCUACCGCUAUGAAUGGCACCUUUGUCCCUAGAUUUCUAUCACAGUUCUGUAUAUCCGGUUCGGGAUGGAAAGGCAAGGAUGGCACCCUAAUCCCAAACUAUCCCUCGAAAGAUUGGAUCUUUUCGGUCUGUUUAUAGUUUCAAUGCCAUCUUCCUAUUGGUAUUUCGAUUGAGCUGAGCUAUUAAGGUGCGGUUGACGGCACAAGUGCCCCUCCACUGCCGCUUUCUUUAGGAGAAUGGGACAACUCCGUACCGCCCCGCGCCCCUUCCCCUUUCAAGAGGUUGUAUUGGUGCAUCAGCGAUCGCCACUUCCGUUUCAUAUAGCAGCAAAAGUUGACAAGUCCUUUUUCCCUCUAUGGAUGGAAAAGAAGAAAGUGCGUUUCAGAAAAGUGGCCUUUUUUCUGAUUUCUAGUAGGGAUGCCUUGCCGGAAGGUGCCGGAGGAGAAUAGAUAGUUGGGGCAGGCUAUCGAGGUCAAAUAGCUGGUAGUACUUUUCCCAUUUCCCACUAGGGAAUCAUCCUUUUCUGAUUCGGAUGAGUUUCCGAGGAAGAGUAGUAGUAGUGACGAAUUGGCUAAAAGCAGGUGGCAUUGGGAUCUGUUGUCAAACAAACUCUAUUGCUGAUACACGAGCGGAAGGAAGUCGCAGAUCAGUCGUUCAAAGAAGAUCUCGGUCCCCCUUUUUUUAGCGUGGAAUAGGCGAAUCAACAAAGAAUUUCUCAACAAAUAAGGGACUCGUACGUACCAAUGAUUUACUAUCGAGAUCGAGUUUCGCUAGAAAACAGACUUUUCUCUAUUCCACAAGGACAAAAGAAGUGCCGAGUGGUGUUACACAAGUUCAAAAGAAGGAAGUAAGAGUGGUGUCGACUUAUUGCCCAGAACGAGCCAGUGCCGCUAUCAAGCAGUAAAGUGGCCGGGCCCUUCCAUGAGUUUAGAUCUCUAUGUAUGAAUCUCUUAUGAAAUCCAAUACUUUUUAUCAUUUCAGAACGAUCAGCAUACUGUGUGACUUCUGCGUGACAGUUCUUGCAUUUCGUUUGUUGCUUUGCAUGAACAUUUAGAUAUUGGAAAGCGAACUCCCUUAAUUAGGAAUUUCAUAGAUAGAGAAGGACGGGAAAAAAGAGAGAGACUGACUAACUACCCGGAUCAAUGCUGAUUGACGACUGAAUAAAUAGCCGGAAGCAACAACUGCACGAGAGAGAAAGAGCGGAUCCAACUAAGGAAAUGCAGUACCUGUUCUGUCGGAGCUAAUCAUGCAAAGCUAGCGUAGCGCCAGCCGUCGAAGUGAAUGAAUUCGAAAGAACGAAGAAAUAAGGAAAUGAGACGACUCUUUCUUGAACAAUUUCAUAAGCAGAUCUUCCCCUCCACACCAAUCACGAGUUUUUUUUUAUUCCUCUCGUAUAUCGUCGUCACGCCCUUAAUGAUAGGUUUUGAAAAAGAUUUUUCAUGUCAUUCCCAUUUAGGUUCGAUUCGGAUCUCUCUGUUGUUUCCCUUUCCUCCCGAACCUUUUCCUCGAAAUGAUAAAGAAUCUGGUACACUCGAAUUGUAUUAUUUAAGUGCUUAUUGCUUGCCAAAAAUCCUACUUCUACAAUUGGUAGGUCACCGGGUUAUUCAAAUAAGUCGUGUUUUCUGUGCUUUUCCCAUGUUACAACUUCCGUACCAAUUCGAUCGAUCCGGAAUGGAUCGGUUAAACAUUCUAUUAGGGAGCCCGGUCUUGACUCUUCUGUGUGGUAUUCAUUCUCGUUCGGCUCUUGGAGUCACAUCCAGCAGUGGUUGGAACAGCUCGCAAAAUCCAACCACUUCACCUACUUUAUUGCCCCCAACCGUUUCCCGUACCUCUAUAGAAACAGAAGGGUUUCAUGUUCUUUCAUCGAUUGGGUAUUCCUCUCCUUUUGUAUCUCUUUAUCCAAUUUCGGUCUCGAUUAGUUCACAAGAUUGAAUGGCCAAGUCAUGGAAAAGCCGUUAUUCGAUUGUUUUAAAAGAAUGUGUUGAGCCGGGCCCGGGUAUGUAAGUUCAGCGAUGUACAAACAAGGAUUGAUUUGACUUCCGCACCUAGGGUUCUAUUUUUUAAGAAUAAGGAAGAGGAAUAGAAUCUCAUUCAUGUGUUCAUGCUAACAGAAGAGCGGAUCCAAUACACAUACAUAAGGCAUCGGUUGUUCUUAACAGCGAUGGCUAUUCAUUUAAGUCUUCGGGUAGCACCACCAGAUCUUCAACAAGGUGGAAAUUCUCGUAUAGUAUAAUAUAAUAGUAGUAGACGGCAGUAGAUCCUACAACGGUACUUCCGUGGAGAUACGAUCCUACAACGACUAUUUCCUUGCAAAGCAAUUCAAACAGUACCGGUACUCCUAAGCCAUGAAACCAAUGCUAAGGGAAAGACUUCUGCUCGCUGGAUCAAAGAAAAGGUAAUAUCCUCGGGAAAGGCUAAGCACAUUCGAAGACUGGCUUUCGAUUCGUAUCCUCUGAGCAAGGCCUAUUCCGGGGAAACAACUAAACCCUGGGCUGUUUAUGAUGUGAGGCUGAUUCCUAUUCCACAAAAUGGUACGGUUGUUGUAUUCCGAUUAGCGGUGCCCAGGAAAGAACGGGUACUUAACGGCUGCUAUAAACCAUUAUGGAAUUCUGUGUUACCUUCAUUCAAUAUCUUAUAUUAGGUAUAGAAUCGAUCAUAGUUCCCCCACGACCAAGAGAAGUGGCUUAUCUAUUGAAUAAUAGAUCUCGUAAAUCAAAUAGGUUAUGACAAGAGAGGGUUCCUACACUCGUUCUAAUGGAACGUGGGGAUCAAAGCAAGAGUCAAAGUCACAGAUCAGGAUGGACAUAGUACCAAUUCUGUUAAGCCACAACCAACUAUCUUAUCAACCCAAAGCUGCAAGAAGAGAAGUUAAGUUGUUGACCAGGUUCAAAUAGCCCAGUUUCAAAUAGUGCCGUAUUGAAUGCGCAAAGUGCUGCUCAGCCUAGCCUAAUAGAGGAGAGGAUGGAUCCGACCUCUAGCUCUUUACUUUUACUGCCUGUGCAGCUAAGGAAAGACAACUACACUUCCAAGUCCUAAGAGAAUACUAGUAUACGAUCUGUUAUAUAAAUAGGUAAAUGUUCCUUUCCAUUAUGAAUCGCGAUUGUAUGGCCAACCAUUGCGGGUAGAAUGCUAGAUGCCCGGGACCACGUUACUAUUAUUUAUUUCUUUCUCCUCCUUCAUAUUGACCUUUUCUAUUUUUGCCAAUAAAUGACGAGCUACAAAAGGAUUCGUUUUUUUUGCUGAUUACUCCUUUUUUUCAUUUUAAAGAGUGGCAUCCUAUGUCCACUAUCUCGAUCGAGGUAUGGAGGUCAGAAUAAAUAGAAUAAUAAUGAAUGGAAAAAAGAGAAAAUCCUUUAGCUGGAUAAGGGGCGGAUGUAGCCAAGUGGAUCAAGGCAGUGGAUUGUGAAUCCACCAUGCGCGGGUUCAAUUCCCGUCGUUCGCCCAUCGCAUUAUUGCAAAUUCCAAAAAUGCAAUUUUCCAUAUUCCUAGUUACGUAUUUACUUACCUUACGGCGACGAAGAAUAAAACUAUCACUAUAUUUUUUCCUUUUCCUAGUUCUUCUUCCAAGCGCAGGAUAACCCCAAGGGGUUGUGGGUUUUUUUCUACCAAUGGGGGCUUUCCCUUCACCACCCCCAUGGGGGUGGUCCACAGGGUUCAUAACUACCCCUCUUACUACGGGGCGUUUACCUAGCCAACACUUAGAUCCGGCUCUACCCAAACUUUUUUGGUUCACCCCAACAUUACCCACUUGUCCGACUGUUGCUAAGCAGUUUUGGGAUACCAAACGGACCUCCCCAGAUGGUAAUCUUAAAGUGGCCAAUUUACCCUCUUUUGCAAUCAGUUUCGCUACAGCACCUGCUGCUCUAGCUAAUUGCCCACCCCUUCCACGUGUGAUUUCUAUGUUAUGUAUGGCCGUGCCUAAGGGCAUAUCGGUUGAAGUAGAUUCUUCUUUUUUCUCAAAAAACCCCUUCCCAAACUGUACAAGCUUCUUCCAAAGCAUACGGCUUUCUAGAUGUAUAUGACGAUCUCUAGACAGAUGGAUCUUAUAUGAAUCGUAUGAUGAAGUACCACAUGAGUGGAUAUAUAGAAAAGGAAUCCAAAUCCGCCGAAUCGCUCAUGUUAUGAUCUUCUACAUCCUAGGUCUCCGCGUUCCGUCAUCUGGCUUAUGUUCUUCAUGUAGCAUUCAGAUCGAAUGACUCUAUGAAAUUACGUCGAUACUUCCACAUAUUAUGGGUAACGUAGGAGACAUCCCUAUUUUCACCCGGGGGUCUUAAUUACCACUGCUUAGCUUCGCCUCUGACCAUAAAAUGAAAUGUGAAUAACCCGUCCUCCUCUCUUUGAAACAAGGGGCGCUUCCGGUUCUGUGCGUGCUUCAAACAAUUUUGUCUUCUCCAUAUCUCUAGAGUCAAGAAUUUUCUAUGAGGAACUACUGAACUCAAUCACUUGCUGCCGUUACUCAACAGUUUUCUGUUGAGGUCUAUCCCGUAGAGGUAGUCAAAUUGGAUCAGUGAUCGAUUUCUAGGUUUCGUCGUAAACCUAAUUGGUUACUUCCAAUUACGUAAAUCAAUAGUUCAAACCGCACUCAAAGGUAGGGCAUUUCCCAUUGAUAUAGGAACUUUUGUACCAGAAACAAUAGUAUCUCCAACCCUCUGGGAUGUAAAAUAUAUCUCUGCUCACCAUCCCCCCAGAAAUAGUGUAUGAGACAAAUGUAUGCAUUUCGAUUAGGGUCGUAUUCUAUGGUUACGAUUCUACUCUACCAGAUAUGUCUUUUUGAUUCCGUCGAAAAUAGAUUUUACGGUAUAGGCGCGCCUCCCCCUCUAUGCCUUGCGGUAAUGAUUCCUCUGGCAUUACGACCUUUACCACAACGGUGCCGUCCAUGGAUCAAUUUAUUUCGUGGAUUGGAUUUCACUUGCCUGUCUACGGUUCCCUUGCGUGUGCUCGGGAUAGGUGUUUUGUAUAAAUGUUUCGCCGUAUUAUUAAGUAUUCUCCUUGAGUUCGUUUCUCUAUCUAGAAGUGGAAUAGAAUAACCCGGUUGAAGGGUAAUGAUCAUACGUCUGUAAUGCAUUGUAUGUCCCAGAAUAGGUCCCAUUCUUCUACCCUUUCCGGGUAGUCGAUGGCUAUUCACAGCUACUACCUUAACACCAAAGAAGAGUUCGACCCAAUGCUUGAUUUCUGUCUUAGUGAAUCCCGAUUCGACAUUAAAAGUAUAUUGAUUCUUUCCCAAUAAACGAAGACUCUUUUCUGUAAAUACUGCGUAUUUGAUUCCAUUAUCGUACGAUAAUACUAUAUUUUUAUUUAUAUUUGUUUAUUGUAUUAUACCUUUCUAUAUUCUAGAUAUAUAGAAUAGAAGAAUCUCGAUUUGUCAAGUCUCAUGAUCGUAUCAAGAUCUAUUUCAAUUCGGCUCAGUCUUUUUUUUUUAGAAAAGAUUGAGCCGAAUUGAAUUGCAAUCAAUUAGAGGAAUAAAGAAGAAUUACUGCAUUUCUUAACUUAUUUUUUCUCUUUCUAUUUUGCUUCUUUUUUAUUUUAUAUGGUAUCCAUCGCUUUGAAACCAUCAAAUUGGAUCUCCUUCCAUAUUUCACAAGCUGCGGCUAGUUCAGCACUCCAUUUGCAAGCUGCUUUGAUAAUUUCAUUACCUUCACGAGCAAGAUCGCGCCCUUCGUUACGAGCUUGUACACAGGCUUCUAAAGCCACACGAUUAGCUGCUGCACCAGGUGCAUUUCCCCAAGGAUGUCCUAAAGUUCCUCCACCAAAUUGUAAUACGGAAUCAUCUCCAAAGAUUUCGGUCAGAGCUGGCAUAUGCCAAACAUGAAUACCCCCAGAAGCCACCGGUAUAACACCUGGCAUGGAUACCCAGUCCUGAGUGAAAAAGAUACCGCGAUAACGAUCUUUUUCAAUAAAAUCAUCGCGCAAUAAAUCAACAAAACCUAAAGUUAUUUCGCGUUCCCCUUCUAACUUACCUACUACUGUACCGGAGUGGAUAUGAUCUCCCCCCGACAUACGCAAUGCUUUAGCUAAUACACGGAAAUGCAUACCAUGAUUUUUCUGUCUAUCAAUAACUGCAUGCAUUGCUCGGUGAAUGUGAAGAAGUAGGCCGUUGUCGCGGCAAUAAUGAGACAAAGUAGUAUUUGCGACCUCCUGUUAAGUAGUCAUGCAUUACAAUAGGAACCCCUAAUUCCCUUGCAAAUACAGCUCUCUUAAUCAUUUAUUCGCAUGUACCUGCAGUCGCAUUCAAGUAAUGCCCCUUGAUUUCACCGGUUUCGGCUUGUGCUUUAUAAAUUGCUUCGGCACAAAAGACAAAACGGUCUCUCCAGCGCAUAAAUGGUUGUGAGUUUACGUUUUCAUCAUCUUUGGUAAAAUCAAGUCCACCGCGUAGACACUCAUAACACGCUCUACCGUAAUUUUUUGCGGAUAAUCCGUUUAAUAGUACAUCCCAAUAAAGGACGACCGUACUUGUUCAACUUAUCCCUUUCAACUUGGAUACCGUGAGGCGGACCUUGGAAAGUUUUUGAAUAAGCAGGGGGAAUUCGUAGAUCCUCCAAACGUAGAGCGCGUAAGGCUUUGAAACCAAAUACGUUACCCACAAUGGAAGUAAACAUGUUAGUAACAGAACCCUCUUCAAAUAGGUCUAAUGGAUAAGCUACAUAACAGAUAUAUUGAUCUGGGUCCCCAGGAACGGGCUCGAUGUGAUAGCAUCGUCCUUUGUAACGAUCAAGACUGGUAAGUCCAUCAGUCCAAACAGUUGUCCAUGUACCAGUAGAAGAUUCCGCAGCUACUGCAGCUCCUGCUUCUUCAGGCGCCCGAGCUGAGGAGUUACUCGGAAUGCUUGCUGCCAAGAUAUCAGUAUCCUUGGUUUCGUACUCCGGGGUGUAGUAAGUCAAUUUAUAAUCCUUAACACCAGCUUUAAAUCCAACACUUGCUUUAGUUUCUGUUUGUGGUGACAUAAGUCCCUCCCUACAACUCAUGAAUUAAGAAUUCUCACAACGACAGGGUCUACUCGAUAUGGAUUAGGCGUAAAUGAAACCUUUGCAAAAAUCGAAAAAAAUAAAGAUAUUUAAUUAAUAUCAACUCAUUAAAUAAAAAAAGGAGUAUGCUUAAGUUAAUGAAUAUGUUUCAUUCAUAUAUAAUGUGUACACCCUGUGUACAAAUGCAAAGCAAGUUCUUUCCAAUGCUACUUCCAAAAUGCCAGUGCACGGAUUUGAUCUCUUGACUUUUAUUAGCUCCUGAUAUAGAUAAUGCUACGUGCUCGCUAACUCUAUUCGUCCUGGCAUGGCAAAGCGGCGAACCUGCCUGCCUAAUGAAGAAAGAGAAGUCGAUCUAGAGAAGCUUCUUAAGUAAGAAUAAGAUGGCAAAAGAGUAGAGAUUUUACAGUUCAUUCGCUUGGAAGCUAGCUUCAUCUGGAGCAUACACUCUGGGAGGGGUAUCACAAUCUUCUGUACCUAUAUGGAAAUCGUAGCAAGGCUAGCUUGUAACAUCGAAGAGCAGGCAUUUCCAAUUAGUUUAGUUGAAACGUUGCAAAAACCAUAGAGCUGAGCUGGCUUAUUAGGUAGUUCCUUUUUGCAUUAUAUAUUUAACGCCUUCUUGCUCAUCUAGAAACUCUCCCUCUCAUAUCUCGUGACAACUAUUCCUGUCUCGGUUAUCUGUGCUAUCCAAAUGCCUGCCUCUUUGUAAGCCCGUGCAGACUGAAAUGCAUAUGCCUCCCAAAGCGGAUUAAGCAUAUCCUCGCUCUCUCUACCCUUUCCUCUCUCAUUCCAGAAAAGAAGUGCAAUAUGCGAUCAAUAAGCUUACGGAUUCAAUACCUUUGAUAGCAUCAUAAGUAGUGCCGUAGGUUCAAUCCCAACCAAUGCCCAGCUUCAGCAAAUAGAAGAAGGGUUAACAUCAUGAAUAUGCGAUCAAGCAAAGAGUGAAGAAGCAGCAAUACGUGUUUUGAGUUAUCUUUCUUUUUUCUUCUAAAAAAGCAAUAGAAAAGAAGAAAGAAUUCCGUAGUGUGUAUCAACUUCAUCUUCUCCACAACCUCACAGACCUUAUCACUAGGGAAAGCCGAUACAGCUGAUCCCUCACCAGAUGAGGCUGGUGACAAGUUCCAAUUGUACUUUUGUUGACCAAUAUCUGACCGAGAAAUGAGUUGAUGAACCCGUCUUACCAGAGAUAGGAAUUUUUCCAUUAUUCGAUGAUCCAACGCGCUAAGGGAAUUCAUGUUCUCAGUAUUGACCAUUACCCUGGAUUCUUUCCUACCCUCAAUUGUGCCACCUUCUUGUUACUCGCUGGCCGAGUAUAAUCAUUAUUUUAUUUCCAAUUCUAGUAGUUUGUAGUUUGAUGAAUAUAGUUUAUAACUAUAAUAUGGGUUAUAACUCAGUCUGUUUAUUAAACGAUUCUCGCCUUCCAGCAGCUUCAGGUAGCCUCCCUUAACCCUGCAGGAUUCGAGGGAGUCGUCGAGCCUUCAAUUCAUCCGGCACUCGCUGGUAACUUCCAGGAGCCUCGAAUGAUUCCGACACCCUCUUCAGCGCUUCUGGACGGUUCUCAACUGAAAAGUAAACUCAAUUCGUUAAUAACCCGCUUUGCAAAUUUCUUUUUCAAGUGCAAAAACGAUGAAAGGAUCAAGGUCCCUUUCUUUAACGAUUGUGGCCUUUUUUGAACUAAUUUUCGGACUUCUAUCCGCGUCUUUUAGCCUCAUCUUCAUAUAGCUGGAAAAUCCGUGCAAAUAACUCCGCCAUCAACGGUUCCUUCCUCGGCUAAGAAUAAUGCUAUGCUAUCCGGAAUUGCAAUUAGAUAGUUGUAGAUAAGGUAAGGCCCUUCCCCUCUAUCCAGUUCAAACCAAUGGCAUGAAAUAGCACUAGCGAAAAGGCUAAGCACAUUUGAUAGAGGUAUACCUCACCAAAGCAAAGAAGAACAAAACCUGGGACGAGGACGGUCGCGAAUGCAAAUGCUUAUGGUUCUAAUCAAGUGAAGCCAAUGCUAGGAGGUUGAAACUAGAGGUCACAAGGCAUGACGCUGGAGAAAGAGAAGCGUGAUGUUGUCAGCAAUCAAAUUAUCGUAAAUAGAUAGUAUAGUAUAGUAUAGUUACGCUUUCCUGAGUGACUGGAUUCCUAGCUCUUCGACAGCAAGAAGUGGUACGAACUUCAUCAGCGCAUGAGAAGCAAGCGGUCUUAGUGGAGUGGCGGACUUCCCCUUUCAAGGAAAGGAAAGUUUUCGGAUUCUCGUCAAAGAGGAGAGCUGAGCCUAAAGAAAAUCACAUCAAGCUAAGUGCAAACAGGCGCAAUCAAGAUCACAAGAAGAAGAGAAGAAACAAGAAGAAAACACACCAAGGCAUUAAUCAACAGCCUAAGCCGAAGCCACCAUAGGCAAUAGAUCACAAUUCAAGGAAAGGAGCAGGGUCACUAAUAUUGUAUGGAUAGUACUCGAAGAAAGGGAACUCCCAGGAAACCUAAUCUAUAAGAGCCGUGUUCGUGCUGUGGAUUUCAAAGUGAAGUUCUUAGGUGGAGGCGAGUUCUGUUCUAUUCUAUGACAAUCCUCAAACUCCAUUCAUCGAUUGCUGUUCCAUUGAAGGGAAGGAACUCUAUGUUGGAAGUCUUCCCAAGCCAAGAAACAAGAUCUGUGUCUCUAUUACUCGAGCUGUGUCAAUGACAUAAACACGCCGUAGUAGGGUGUGCCGUUCACCCAUCUCAGACGCCAUAGGUUCUCUAUUCUUAGGAUCUGCCUGGCCUGGCCACUCAAAGAAAAAGUACAAUCUGCUGGGUUUUGACAUCAGUGAGGAUAAGUCACGUACGAGUUCAGGGCACAUGAUCUUUCGAAGUGCCAUAGGAAUUCUAAGAAUAAGGGAUGGUGCCAACGAGAAAGAGACCCAGCUAUUGUACUGGUAGAGAAGUGACUCGACUGGAAAGGCAGCUACCUUGGUUCUUCGAAUAGGUGUGGGUAAACUGCUCGCAUUUUCCUAUGUGGGUGGCGAAAGAUUCUUGCUAGAUUUGGAUCUUAACUCAUACCGCUGUUGUGGCUUGAAGGGAAAACCAAUUCAUCCUUAUGCUUUUUGCGCUAGAUAAGAACAAGAACUUCCCUUUAAGUCUUUCCGUCUUUCUACCUGACCUGCAGAGGACUAGAUAGAGGCUGGCAAGCCAUAGACUCAUUGGGGUCUAAGUAAGUACAAACAACUUCAACUCCUCGCGAACCGACAGGACAGAUUUCCCCGGCAGCUGCAGCUACUGGUAUCAGCACCAACCAACUCUAUUCUAGCCUCGUAAGCCACUUCUCCUCUCCCGGCAGGCUUGGUCUCGCCUUCUCCAAUUAUCGGCAUCUCUCUCCUAUUAUCGUAUGAGAAUUCUAGCCAGUCACUUCGGGAAGGAAGUCAACUGCAAAUAGCCAGCCUCCACGAACAGCAAAGGAGCUACGGCACUUCUGGCACUAUCCUCAAACCCAUAUGGCGCGUCGUCAACCCAAUUUGCCAAGCGUCAAUCUCAAUCUUCCAAAAAAAAGGAAACUAGCUAUCUAGAGGAAACUAACUAUCUCUAUCUAGAAGAAGCUGAGAAAGGUACCGCUGUCUAUGAAGCAAGGUCAGAAUGUGCCGCUAAGAUCCCAGCCAGGCUAUGAUAGCAGGAAUAAGAAAUUGCCAUAGGGGAAUCCAUUCAUUCUCGACCAUACAGGGAGUUUAGUUUCGAGGAUAGCGUAUUCGUCCGAAGUCGUAUUAGUUGGCAUUGUCACUGGAACAGUUUCCUUGAUAUCAUCUGUGGGCUCUCCAUUGGUUUGGUCCGGCAUCUUAGGUUUCGCAGGAUCACUUCACUUAACUUAUUUCAUUUCGAGAAAGAGAACGAUUCUUCUUCGAUCUAGAAAGAACGAUUCUUCUUCGAAGCAUGAACCAACCCGCACCUGCCCUCAAAGCAGAUACGAAUCACGGAAACUUUGCCUCUUCUGAAGCGCAGAACCAGAAAACCCACGGCCUGCUGCUUGAUUAGAAAAAGGAGAUCCACGGCCUGUGAGUAACUACGCCAUGUUACGAAUCACAGCCUGACUUCCUCUAGAUGAAAGCAUAGGUAGUGACGACCUAUUGUUUUCUUCUCAGCGGACCCAAUGAGUAACUACGCCAUGUUACGAAUAAAAGCGAGGGAAAAUCGGAUGAGCAACUUUUGCAGCUAUAUGAAAUGCACUUUGGAAAAUCAGGUCUUGAGGACGAAAAACACGAUAAAAUGGACUUGCCUACUUUUGCACCGAAGAAACUCAUAAGUAAUCCAAUUUCCGAGGACACGAACGGAAGUAAGCUGUUUUUGGUAUUCGUAUCGGAAUUAGCCAGAAGAAGAAACCAUUUUCACUGCCCUUCAUUCUUUGGCCUGCCUGCCUUAGUGGCCCCUCUCUGAUAAGGUUUUCAAAACGAAAAAAAAAUGACAAAUCUGGUCCGAUGGCUCUUCUCCACUAACCACAAGGAUAUCGGUACUCUAUAUUUCAUCUUCGGUGCCAUUGCAGGAGUGAUGGGCACAUGCUUCUCCGUACUGAUUCGUAUGGAAUUAGCCCGACCCGGCGAUCAAAUUCUUGGUGGGAAUCAUCAACUUUAUAAUGUUUUAAUAACGGCUCACGCUUUUUUAAUGAUCUUUUUUAUGGUUAUGCCGGCGAUGAUAGGUGGAUUUGGGAAUUGGUUUGUUCCGAUUCUGAUAGGUGCACCUGACAUGGCAUUUCCACGAUUAAAUAAUAUAUCAUUCUGGUUGUUGCCACCAAGUCUCUUGCUCCUAUUAAGCUCAGCCUUAGUAGAAGUGGGCAGCGGCACUGGGUGGACGGUCUAUCCGCCCUUAAGUGGUAUUACCAGCCAUUCUGGAGGAGCAGUUGAUUUAGCAAUUUUUAGUCUUCAUCUAUCAGGUGUUUCAUCAAUUUUAGGUUCUAUCAAUUUUAUAACUACUAUCUUCAACAUGCGUGGACCUGGAAUGACUAUGCAUAGAUUACCACUUUUUGUGUGGUCCGUUUUAGUGACAGCAUUCCUACUUUUAUUAUCACUUCCGGUACUGGCAGGGGCAAUUACAAUGUUAUUAACCGAUCGAAACUUUAAUACAACCUUUUUUGAUCCAGCAGGAGGGGGAGACCCAAUAUUAUACCAGCAUCUCUUUUGGUUCUUCGGUCAUCCAGAGGUGUAUAUUCUCAUUCUGCCUGGAUUCGGUAUUAUUAGUCAUAUCGUAUCGACCUUUUCAAGAAAACCGGUCUUCGGGUAUCUAGGCAUGGUUUAUGCCAUGAUAAGUAUAGGUGUUCUUGGAUUUCUAGUUUGGGCUCAUCAUAUGUUUACUGUGGGCUUAGACGUUGAUACGCGUGCCUACUUCACCGCAGCUACCAUGAUCAUAGCUGUGCCCACUGGAAUCAAAAUCUUUAGUUGGAUCGCUACCAUGUGGGGAGGUUCGAUACAAUACAAAACACCCAUGUUAUUUGCUGUAGGGUUCAUCUUUUUGUUCACCAUAGGAGGGCUCACUGGAAUAGUUCUAGCAAACUCUGGGCUAGACAUUGCUCUACAUGAUACUUAUUAUGUGGUUGCACAUUUCCAUUAUGUACUUUCUAUGGGAGCCGUUUUUGCUUUAUUUGCUGGAUUUUACUAUUGGGUGGGUAAAAUCUUUGGUCGGACAUAUCCUGAAACUUUAGGCCAAAUCCAUUUUUGGAUCACUUUUUUCGGGGUUAAUCUGACCUUCUUUCCCAUGCAUUUCUUAGGGCUUUCGGGUAUGCCACGUCGCAUUCCAGAUUAUCCAGAUGCUUACGCCGGAUGGAAUGCUCUGAGCAGUUUCGGUUCUUAUAUAUCCGUAGUUGGGAUUCGUCGUUUCUUCGUAGUUGUCGCAAUCACUUCAAGCAGUGGAAAGAACAAAAGAUGUGCGGAAAGUCCUUGGGCUGUUGAGCAGAAUCCAACCACACUAGAAUGGUUGGUACAAAGCCCUCCAGCCUUUCAUACUUUUGGAGAACUUCCAACUAUCAAAGAAACUAGAAACCAAUCCAGUUGCUAGAAAUCCAUCAUUAGCGAGACAAUUAUUUUUCUUUUCUUUUGAUUUGUUUGGGCUUUGCCUUAACCGAAGCUAUUGCAUUGUUUGCACUUAUGAGGGAUCUUAUUUGUGUUCUAAAAUAUUCGAGUAAAGUAUGAAAGGCUGGAGCAACACUUCUCAAUGCCACUUCCGGAAACAAAUUCGUCGUGAAUAAAUAGAAUAGCGGAAUAAAUAGAAUAGGUUGGACAUAGUUCCUUGUAGGAUGAGUGGAUACGUAACAUAACCAUUGGGGAGGCUUGAUGUUUCCGUUCGUGGCGGGACAUCCAUCCCUCCCCUCACUUGAGUUUUGUAGGAAGUAAAGUGUCUCAUAUUCCAUUCCAUUCCAGUAGUAUGAGCUUAUUUCCUUUCCGAUUCCGAGGCCACCAUCUAGUGAGUGAUUGGUAUACUGCGGAUGGUGGGAAAGAAGAGUGGGUAAGUGGGCUUCUUUCAUGGGUUCGAUUGGCUGGUUUUGACUGCCCUAUUUUGCAGGAUAGAAGAACUGUUUAAUACUUUGGAUCAUGGAUAAUAAGCUGCUCUUGCAAAAGUGCCAGUGGUAUAAAAGAAAAACUUCUCGACUUGGCAGAUUCAUUUCCUUUCUUUCGUCCUAUGUUUGUGCAGGGGCCCCCGGUACCUGAAUAGAGCGUGGAUAUUUAUGGACGGGUCUAAUCUCGUCGACAUGCCACCCUCUCCUUUCAGUCGAGCAUUUCACUCUCUCCUGUCGCUUUAUUCGAGAAUGCGAACACCUUAGCGCCCUCUACGCUCCUCCUUCCAAUUGUUCGAUCGUAGAAUUGCACAAAAAAAGAUUGAGAAUCACCGAUUGAACUCAGUAGAAGGUUUUCCCUGACUAAAGAGGCCUAUGGAAUAGAGGCGCGCAGCGUGGAAAGAAUGGAAAUUGCAAGUGCAAGACGGUAAAAACCGGGCUAGUUCUGCGUCGGUCAUCAUGCAACUUGACCACAUGAAAUUGGGGCGUCUCAUUUCCGUGAGAAUUGUAGUUGCAUUCUCCUUGUGGAGAAGUCAAAGUGCCAUAAAGGGUCGAUCCAUUCUAUCUAUUUAGAGGAGGGUGAGCCUACGACCACCAAUUGCUUAUCUCCAAUUACCAAUUGCAGCAGACUUGGACUAAUGGAAUUGCUUGAAGUGAAGACCAGUGAACAAAAUGACAAAAAAGAAUUGUUUACCUCUUUCGAGUUUCCACAUUCUGGGCACAGCUAAGCGUUUAGUUUAGGCACAUAUUGGGUUUCAGACAGAUAGGGAAGGUCAGCAUGGGUUGACUGGGAUCCCUCUGUUUCACUAGACUGGGGAGACGAGAACUAUAGAAUCUAAGGCGGCCCAGAGAAAGCAAGAGUGAGUUGCCCGGCCAAGCCCGUUGAUUUGCUUCAGAACGAAGGUAUUCGAUUAUUCCUGGGAUGGGAGACAUUGUGGAUCUCUCGAGGACUAUGAAGACCAAGGAGUCAUGACUAAUGAUCCCGUACUUAGUGUGUACUGGUUUAGUAGGGAAGCCUUGCCUUUACCAGCUAAAGGGAAAUAGGUGUGCUGGCUGCAGUGGAAAAGAUCAUAUAAUAUAAGAAAGAAAGGGGUCGUCCCAAACUUGUGGAGUGCGAUGGGGGACUUGGAUCUAGUGCCGAGUGAGGAGCUUUGCGGAGCCUACUCCGGUAGACAUAUUCCGCAGCGAGAUAUUGAGUGCUGUCCGUGCUAAGGAUAAGGACAGGUUAGGUUAGCUCUGAUGGUGGGACAUGCUGAGCGCACCCUAAUCAUCUUUGAAUAAAUAGCCCUCCACAUUAGUGAAUCCAAAUCCAGAAUACACAUCCAAGGAAAUGAGCAUACUUCUUGGAACUACUAGAGAGUUCAAAACCUCUUGUCCCUUGGGCAUAAAUGAUCAAUUCUGUGAAAGGUUAGGCUAGUUGGUCCGGCGGAAUGGAAACAUUAGGGCUUGAUUGACAUACUCGAGACUUAGCAAUCUGGGUUUCUUGGACUAGUUUUGUCAAUGGGCUAAGACGAGAUCCUACGGUUCACUUUUCUAUCUUUAGCAUUCCACUUCACUCCACAAGGGGAAUCAUGGAUGAACAAGACAAACCGGGCCUACUCCUUCCCAAUCUUCUGAACACUACUUAUGAUUUUCGCUACGGCACUUGAGUUGGAUAUCUUAGAGAGUCUAAGCCCGUACUCUGAGGUUGGUGAAGGGAAGUGAAACGUAAGCGAGGUUUCGAAGAAACGAUAGAAAAAUCGAUUUAGACUAGUCUCCCUCCUCUCUAUAUUAUCUGAAAUGUUCCAAACCAAAGUAGGAACUGCUGGGAUGGGAAUAGGACCAGCCAAUCCGUCGUGCUUUGAUAGCGUGCCAGCCGAGCGACUAGCUUGUCAGGUAAUAUGCAUUUCCAGGUCAGCAAGUAGGUAAGCUGCGGUGGGGGGCCUGACUGGCGCAACUAAAGCCCCCGAGGAGAAGAUCAAGGGGAAAGACGCCGAAGUCGUCAAUCCAUUGUAUGAAUCAUGGAUGGCAACUGAUCAACAGGUACUCGGAUACUUGUUGCUUGCAAUGACUAAAGAAAUUCUUGUGCAAGUCUCCGCCUGCCGCACAGCUGCCGAAGUCUGGAGUGUCCUUGAGACAACCUUCUCAUCUGUGACGAAGGCGCGCGUCGUCAAUAGUCAAUACAAGAAUCGCGCUCUCCAGCUUGAAGAAAGGCGACCUAUCUAUCACCGAAUAUGUCGGGAAGAUGCGGGCGCUUGGAGUGGAGAUGUCCAACGCUGGCAAGCCGAUCGACGAUGAAGACCUUGUCUCCUACAUCCUGGCAGGCCUCGACGACGACUACAACUAGGUUGUGACCACACUGAAGAACCGAUCUAUAUACUGUGGGGGAAGCCUACGCGCAACCCCUAAGCUUCGAGCAGCGCAGGGAACUGCUCCAUGGCUCAAGUUAUCACUCAUCCUCGACACACAUUGUCCCUCGAGCUUAUCCAAAAAAACCCUUAUCUCCGGAUGUACAUUACCGGAAAGCAAUAUAGCAACUGAUAGUUUAAUAAUAAAUCGAACUAUUGAUUGAAGGUCAAAAGCUACUGUUCAUCCAGAUCAGUGAGAGAUGGGGCCAAUCCCUGGCUCGAACGGUUUACGAAUAGGUUUCCAAUCUAGAUUGAUAUCCUGCCCGUAGGGAAUAUGUAUUUAUUGGCCAAACCAACGUCUGUGCAGAAAUAUGACAUUAAUCAAGCUUUAUUUCAGAAAAAAAAACAGGAAUAAUGGUUUAAGUGUUCUAAUUCUUCAGUACAUUCAGGGAAAGAAGCCCGCCGACCCACUCUUCUUUCACCCUCCAUCACCCCCAACAACUAGGGGGAAGUGAAGGAGGGGCCUCGGAAUAACUUAUUCUUAUAUAUUUGAUAAAGAUAGUUAUCCUACACGUGUUAUAACUUUGUUUUUUAACAAUGAAUACAGUAAUCGUAGUUACUGUGCAAUCGCUUCAGUUCAUACAUCAUACUAUUGUGUCCAUCCAUACUAUACUAUUGGCAUGGUGAUUUAUGAAAUCAUAGUAUAGUAGUGACGUAAUAUUUAUUUUAUAUUAUUCUUAUAAUCAUUUAUUCUCUUAGUCUUUUGGGGGACUAAAACGCUUAAGCAGUCAACUAUAAUAUCUUGAGGAAAGUAAUAAAGUUCUCUUUCAUAUUCAUAUAUAGUAUGUUCUGUGUUAUACAAUUCAUUAUGGGAGUCGUAGACUUUGCCUAUUUGCUCAAUAAAUCCUUGUGUAGUAGGAGAUAGGAGAUCAUAUCUUAGCUGCUUAGCUCGAUAUAUAAUAUUGUCAUACAUGAAUUUAUUAAUUAUAAAUAUGGGGUGUCCCAAUCGAAUCGAGUCAUUGCUUUCCUAUAUAGGCUUGGGAAUGCUGCGCCAUACAAUGGUGUUGUGAUGAAAUUAUCAUGAACUGUGUAUACAGGUACUGUAUUAUUACCAGAUUCAUAUUCAUCCAUUAGAAUAUCAAUAAAAUGAAUUACAGUUAAGGCAUCCUUCUGAUGGAUGAAGUUAGCAAAAGUGGAACUAGUGUUCUUCCGAGUAUUCUUUUUGUUCGUGGGUAUUCGUAGCGUUACGACUGAUUUUUUCAUUUUAGGAUUAGAACCAUGCCAUGGGUUUGGUAUUUAACAGUUAUUUUGACAGGUUCCAUGAUUAUAUAAUCUUGGACUGUAAUCCAGUAUUCUGUGGAAUAUAUAACUGGUUUAUUGAUAAAACCACUAACCCAGCUAAUACUUGCAACCAAAUGCAUGAGGUUCCUCAUAUCUUUAUAUUCAGAUUCCCAGAAAUUGUAACAUUCUUUAAUAAUAGUUUUUAAAUCUUCUACUACCAUAUAACUACCAAUCUUUCCCAGCAGAUCAAUAGCUGUGCUAAAUUUGGAUUUCCCAUACACAAUAGGCAUAAAGAUAUUUUUGAUGAUAUCACGAUCAAAUAAGCUACACACAUAUCUGGUGAUAAUAUGUUCACCGUAUUUCCGUUCAAUAUAUUUCUUAAAAUCAGAGUCAAUAAUUUCAUAAAUAUUAUUUAUUUUAUUAUUCUCACUUAUAAGAUUAGUAUUUCUAGCCAUGGUAAUAUUACCCAGUAAAUAACUCAACAUUUGAUAUGCACUUGCUGAUGCGUCCAGGUGAAUUGGUGUUCUAGCAAUCUUAUCAGAGUCACGGUUUUUUAGUGUAAUAACACUCGAGAGAAACUGAAAUGGGUGUCUAGCCUUACGUGCUAGAUUAGCCAAUCUGUCUAGCACGAUAUCAGCCUUAUUACUAUUUAAGUCAGGACACUCAUGUAUAUUUUUAAUAAACCAUAUUAUACCUUCAUUAUAAUUCUUCCAAUAUUUGGAAUAAUGGAAAGCUGUUGAAGCCAUAAAGGUUCGUAUGCCCUGACUACCUUUAUCUGGGGGUGUAUCUGUCACCCCACUUUGCGCAAAGAGUAUGAGAGAUCUAACAAGAUCUCGUUCGUGGUAAUGAAAAGGACCAUAUCGGUAAUUUCGUCCCCUAAAGUCCAAAAACGUUGGGAAAUACAAAUUGUAAUUUUGUAAAGCAUCAGCUAGUUUUAAAAUGUAUUGCUCGUAGCAGGCAGACUGAAUGUUUUUUAUCCAAAUGUUGAUCAAGUCUUUUAAAGAAAAAUAUUUUUUCAUUUCUUUGUCAUUCAAGUAAUGAUGUUUUAGUCUUACAGUCCCCUCCGUUCUAUCAAUAGAAGCAAGAAUGCUAGGCAUGAGAAGCCCUGAUGCAUGGUAUAUAUCCUUACAUUUUACCAAAUGACAUAAUAAUUUUGUAUUUAUUUGAUAUGGCACACUCUGUAACUUGUUUAUUACACGGGUUAGUCGAGCUGUUUUUUCAUCACUCACCAUAUAAUAUAUAUGUUAAAACGCUCUUCAUCGUGUGUAGAUAACAGGGUUGAGGUAUUGGUAUAAUGACCAAGUACUUCUGGGUCAGAAGAUAAGUACCCACCCGUUAGAUCCCUCAGUUUGGUUGUUACUCUGUCGUUAUUCAGCCGUUUGGGUCUGCGAUUCCUCCAUUCAAUUCAAGUGGUGGACACACCAUAGGUAAUGCUAUAUGGAGCGGUAGCUCCUUAAUGUCAAAUACACACCUAACAUAGGUGAUAUACUUUGCAUACUUACCUUUUUUAGGGCUCUUGAUAUCACCAUGAGGAUGGUAGAUCUCAACCAAAUUCCUAUUAUUUAGCCAGGUAAAUAGGGUACUCCCUAUAUUAUACAGCUCUUUAGAGCUAUCUGAUUUAUUGCUUUUAUUAUUAGCUUCUUCUUUCGGAAUAUCAGUUGUCUGAUUAAGACUAUCAUCUGUCACCUCAGCCAUAGUCUCAACAACAGAAUCUGGGAAGUUGAUAGAGGAUUCUCUAAUUCAGCUCUCAUUAUUCGUGUAAUUUCUUACGUUUAUGUCUAAUUCAGCUACUAAAGUAGACAGACGUACACUUUUUUGUUCCAGUGCAAAAACAUUAAAGUGCUUGCUUAGCACCCAUAUAACAAUAGUUUCAAUUGUAUAUGUCCCCAUUGCUCUGACUAUAACCUUAUCUGACUCAUUUUGUAAUUUAUCAAGAAGAUAAUCCAUAUAAAAUCUUUAUUGAAGAAUAAUACCUUCAACUGUGGUAUAUAUUAUAUAUAGUAUUUUCUUUACAGUGAAGAGUCAUAUCUUCCACUUUGAGUUGUAUAUUUCUGAAUUCUGAAUCUGAUAGAUCUUCUCUCCAUGAGUUUUUGAUAAACUAAAAAACUUUAUAAGUCAGUUUUUCCUCUCUCUUAUUAUCAAGUGAUUCUGUUUCGUAGGACUUCAUGAGGGUAUCCCAGAACUGAUAAAGUAGAUCUAACAUCUCAGUAGUGUACUUACCAUUCUUUUCUUUGGGCACCCAAAAUUAGGAGUUAUACCUCCUAGUUUUUGAUUCCCACUCCUCAAAUACAGUUUGGUUUUGAGAUUCUAUCAUUUUUUUACUGAUCUCUUGAUCAUCGCGUUCUCUUACUGUAUUAUCAAGCUCGAUGACAGGAGCGCUGCUUUCCCUAAAAGGAUCCAGUACAGGGUUAGGUUUUUCCUGGGAUAGUUGUUUCACAACAUUGUCUACAUAUUCUUCAGCUUGAGCAAUUUCUUCUUCUCUAGCUUUAGCUUUAGCUUUCGCUUUUUCUGCUCUAGUUGCUGCUUUAGAGAAAGCUUUAGCUUUCGCUUUUUCUGCUCUAGUUUUUUUUGAAUAACACCGUGAAAUUAUCAUAUUAAUUUGAAAUAAAUAAGAGCCUUUCAUUAAAAAGAGCAUUUUCAUUUUUAUUUUAUUUUCUUAAAACUUAUCAUAUCGUCCGGUGGUGGAUAUUCCAAUCAUAUAAGAGUAUCAACUUUAUUUAUAGUAAUGAUACUAAUGAUGUGUCUUUACCUUGGCUUGAUCUAGUAGUUAGUUACUAGAUCCGACACCCGGAUCUUUGUGUGAAUCUAAUAUUGAUGCUCGGUAUUUGAAUCCGUUCUGCAAAUCAAUAUUAGAUUAAUUGGUUUGUACCUUUAUAAUAUCGCUUAAUCGGGAGGUUACUUUUUACCAAUGAAGAUCUCUCGAGCUGCUCAAAGAUCUUUAAGUGGCUUAGCUUACGAGGUAGACUUGAUCAUGAUCCAUAUCCAACCUUCUCCCAUCUGCUUCUGUCUCUAAAGAUUAGAGUCAUCGACGCGAUUCAAGUCCAGUGCUGAUAAAAUCCUGCUGUCCAGUUCGGGAAAGCAAGUGAUUGAUUAGUUCCAUUGGUCUAUUGGCUUCAGCUUCCAGUCUACCUCAUUUCUAUCAAAAUGAUCUGGUGUCUUUAGCGCGUACUACCAGUUAAGGAGCCAUAUCCGAGGCUCUAUCAGCUGUUAUACCCUCCUGGGCAAGCGUGUUAUUGAGGGCUCUUUAUCCCGUUUUUACACUAAAGGGAUAGGGUGAAGAGCGACCUCGAUAGGGAGCACGAGCGAUGCAAGCAACAGGAGGACAAGACAAGCCAAUGGGAUGAAGCCCUUAUCAGGUCCAUCUUUGAUGAGAGGGCAGUAAAGAAAAGAGGUUCUUGGGCUGUCUCACAUAGCCUAGCUUUUGGUCGGCUCUCUCGCUAUAUCCACCCGGAUAUCGCUUCGUUCACCUACUCUGAGCGGGGUAUUUUCCAGUCAGGGAUUUCUCCCCAUUCCGAGUAAGAGUAAUUCACUCUCGUCUGUUUGCCAAAAAUGCGGGGUCUAAUUUGUUGAUUCUCGGAUACGAAGAUAUCAAAUGGGAUACAUCAAACUGGCAUGUCCAGUGACUCAUGUGUGGUAUUUGAAAGGUCUUCCUAGUUAUAUUAUAUCGCGAAUCUUUUAAAUAAACCCCUUAAGAAAUUGGAGGGCCUAGUAUACGGCGAUUUCUCUUUUGCUAGGCCCAGCGCUAAAAAACCUACUUUCUUACGAUUACGGGGUUUAUUCGAAGAUGAAAUUGCAUCUUGUAACCACAGCAUUUCUCCCUUUUUUUCUACCCCAGGCUUUGUUUCGAAAUCGGGAAAUUGCGACAGGCCUUUUAUUCAUAACAUUAGUAGUUACUCAUUGGGUGCUAUUAGAGAACAAUUAGCGGAUUUGGAUUUGCGAAUUAUUUUAUUAUAGAGAAUUCCGUGGUGGAAUGGAAGGAAUUAGAAGACGAGGGGUAUAGUGGAGAUGAAUGGGAAGGGAUGGCAGGAACAAGGUAGGGCUUCGGCUCUUCUUUAUCGGUAUCGGUAGUCUUUCUUGCUAUAGGUAAUGUCUUGACUUCGUUGAUGGUUGCAGGAACUGCUUCAGUUUCACAGGCCCCUUUCAGAACGAUAUGUAGUAGCUCAUCCUAAUUGAAGUAUUUCAUUCUGGCGAGCGUUCCUUUCAUUGGAAAUCUUAUGAGUGUCUUUCCUGGUUUUUAAAGACGGGUUUUCAUAUGCCGUCUGCGCUUGGCUUCGGCUGUAGAAAGAAGUCCCUUUCUCUCAGGCAAGAGGAGCCUUAUCCAGGAUUCGCUCUAGCCGCUUGACUUAUCUGCUUUUGGCUCUAAGGGUAUCACUCUGUCUUUUUUCUAUCUUUUCAAACUAUUAAGAUUCUGCUUUUCCAGAGGACUCUAACUACAAGGUAUUGCUUCGAAUGGCCCCGUAUAAAUAGAUUUCAGAAGGAAUUGACUGCCAUUAUUGUUUCCGUAUCUGGCACUGCUCAAUCCUCUAUGGAAACAACGGUACUUCCGUUCCUUUCAUAUCCUGCCUUGCCAAAGAAAGCGCUAUUGAAUUCCAAACAUGCGCUCGAUGACUUGAUCACGAACGAUACAGCCCUUAUCUUAUCGAUAGUUCAGCAUUCAAGUUAAGCAUGAAAGAGAACGGGGGUAGGUCAAGCUAAACCAGAACAAUCCGCGCUAGUAGCUCAAAGCAAGAAAACGUAUGCUAGUGACUAAGGCGCAAUCCAACUGCUCUAUAAAGGCUCUGCUUGUGCUAUUGCCCCUUACGAAAGUCCAGGAAAGGAUGGAUAAGAGGAUGAGUUAGGGAAUCCUACGUAGGUACGAAAUGAAAUCCACUCCUAAACUUAGUUGUAUUGGUAUUGGCCUGCCACCUAGCUAGAAUAGAAGGAAGAAUCUCGUAAAUCUAGAUUAAGUAGCACAAGCUGAUUUAGAAGGAUCAAGUAAGAUGAAAUUUCAAUGACCCAAAGGAAGGUGUGUUUGCUUAAGGAUGGGGAUCCGGUUGUGCCGUGCCGGCCCCGGGAAUCGGCGAACUACGCUACACAGUCAGAUACCUAAGCGAACGGAUAAGGGAAAGCCCGCUAUAUUAUAUAUAGUAAUCACCUGCCAAAAGGAAAGCCUGACCGAGAAUAAUAAUAGGUCUAUGCGCCGAACAAGCAACGGUAUAUUAGAGAUAGUAAGGAGUUGUAUACACGGGGGUAUGCAUUCAUGUCACGCUUUCUGUGUGAUAAGAGGUUGCUAGCUAGCAAGUAUAGAAACAGGAGAUAUGCGUAGUUAACAGAAGCAAGGGAAUAUGCGUGAGUUGAUUUGAGAGUUUUUUUGAGAAAAAGCAAUUUGGAAAAUGCAUUGCAUUUUCAAGGGAUUGCCAAGCUAGGCUAGGGAUCGUCCGCGGGUAUCAGAUCAGGAAUAUCGUAUUUAUCUCUUCUAAUCUAGAUCCCACUUCCCUCCACUUCUUGCCUCACGCCCGUCAAACCUGACUCCACAUUAACGACUGUCCUUCCACCCAAUUCCCCGCACCCUUGCAUCACAUCUCCAACCCCUGCCUCCACGCGAUCUUCCACAAUCGUACCCCCCACCUCUGAAGCUUGCAUAACCCCCGACGAACCUGUCUGCACCUGCGGGCCCGCGCUUACAUCAUUGGCAUCGCAUGAUUAAACAUCAGCACGCGCACUUCCCUCCGUUUUCGAUGCCGACAGGGGGCUGCUAGGGGGUGUCAAGUUUCGUUUCGGUCGUGUCAGACGACAUGCAGGGGGGCAAUGGCUGCCAACGGAAUCUAUAAUAAUUCGAUACUAGGUCAACUGUACCAUCGGACUUGUAAGAACAUGUAAAAUGUACGAGGUUGUACCAGCUGUGUGCAGUCCUCCGGCACGGGUUAAGUGUCCUGCAUAGAUCUUCCCCUCUCUCCCAACCCAAAGAAGAGAUGUUCGCUUCAUAGCCUUCUCUUCCGAGAUAAACCCUACAAAGGAUCCUAAUCGUGCUAGCCUUUCAUGGACUCUUCUUGGAUUUCCUUUCAGCUGCGCCCAGCACCUCUCUAGUUUCUCUACGAGAUGGAGAUGGCUCAUUCUCUAGUUUUCCUACGAGAUAUAAGUCAGUUUCUAUCGUACUUUGAAGUUCAGGAAGGAGUUAUUAAUUAAGACGAAGAAGAACUGGGUGGGGAUAUGCCUUUCCCAUAACAAUAGAAAGAAUCAAAGCCAAUAUACACUAUAACUAUAGAGGCCUACCUAUGAAAAGUGAGAUGAGAGCUUUGUGCUAAUAAUUGAUUAUAAAGGUGUACCUAUCGACCCCAGGUAAUUAAUGCCCUAUCCUUCUACUUGAAAAACGUUACGUUAGACUUGACCAACUGUUAAUACCAAUCCGGCAGCAAUAACUACUACUAAUGCAUAUUCAUAUCCCACUAGUAGACUUAGCAGACUGUGACCUAGCCAGUCUAUUUGUUGACAACAGACCAGUACUAUCCAUCAAUGCCACAAAGACCAUAGACGACCUCUAUUUCGUGGAAGAACUCCUUCUCAUAUGAUGCAGGGCAAUAAGACCAACUGCCCGCCCUACCUAGUGAGAAGAAAGCUUAUAAAUAUAAGCAUAAACGAAUUCCUAGCCGAGCCCUAUACUUACCUGCUUGUACGGUCAAUGCCCUAGUAGACAUCAACUUGUUCAUAAACUCCAGCCUUAUCUACGCUGCUUUACCCGACCCAGGUGACCUACUUUCUCAGAUGAGAGAUUCGGCGGAGUAGUAGGAAGUCCCUGUGGAGAACUAGAAGACAAAACGAAUAUAGCGGACCAAGCAAUGAAUGACCUAGCCUAGGUAGUCCUAUGUUUGACCAAUGCUGCCUUGUAUGUCUUGAUCCAAGAUUUCUCAGCAAAAAAAGACAUGGGAUUAUUGAUCAAUUCACCAUCCUCUUCAUCUGAGUGUGCUUCCACUUUAUCGUUUGUGGCAUGUGCAUUAUGCAACAAGUAGAUUCCUGAUAAAUGAACCUUCUCCACAGGACCAGCAGGUACCUCAGCAGUCCACUACUACUACUGCUGGACAGCCUAGUUCUUCUACACCACCAGCUAUAGCUCCUAAUGAUCCAUCAUCAAUCAGUUCGACUUCAGUUCCACCUACCAAGCCGAAGCAGCCAUUUCCAGAACGGUUUGAGAAGUCAAGUGAAGACAAGCAGUUUGCUAAGUUUCUUGAGAUGAUUCAAGAUGCGCAGAUUACCAUCCCCAUCCUUGAUGCUGUCUUACAUGUUCCGAUGUAUGCAAAGUUCUUUAAGGACAAAGAAGCGAAACAUUAACGAGCCAGAAGUGGUUACUCUUACUAAUACUCUUACUCUUACUAAUACUAAGGUUGAUUUAAGUUUCUCUGGUUCUUGAUUGAGUCUUUGUCUUGCAGUUGCAGGAGUGAUGUCAAACCUCUUGCUUGAGUUGUCUGUAUUGGAAGUCGUGUAAGCGGCUUCUUCCGAAUUUGCCUUGCCUCCGGGUCUAGUACGUAUGAAAAGAUGUCAGCGUCGUGGCGAUUGCCUUUCCUGGUCUGGUGGUGAAGGAUUCUAUUCCCGAGCGGCUAAGGUCCAAUCCGGUAUUCUAUUUCGUCUGUGCGAGCAUUAAAACCAACCAUUGCCGACGUCCUCAUAUUCUCUAAUUUGGCUAAUCUCCGUGCAUUAGCAGGUUAAGCAAAUCGAUUCCAACUCAGUGGCAGAUAGGCUGCAACAUUUCUUUCCUAAUAACUAAGACUUUCUUUACUACUUUACCAACCCAUAUCACGCUAACUGAUACUGUGCCUAGUGAUUGAUGAAGGUCACAGAGGAGUAAGAAUAGCAAAGCCUACAAAUAAUGUGAUAAGAGUUCGGUUUGGCGUGGCUGGACAUUUAGGAUUAGCUUACUUGGCGCUAUCCACAGUUACCACCUUUUCAACCACAUCAUCUCUUUUACUUUCUCUCGAAGCUUCUAGCCAGCGAAAGCCUAGUGAAUCCAGAGCCAUCUUCCUUCCUAUUAGCUCUCUCUCAGGGAUUCGAAUGCCCAUUGGCAUUAUUAAAAACAAGUGCCCAGCCCAACUUGCUUGCAUAUCUCGGGAACUCUUGAAACAUAAGGAAUAGGAGGAUGCUUCGAUUCUCUUGUUGUCGACUAAGCGGAGCGGGGUUCUAAUGAGACAGACGCGUAUUUCACCCUUUAGAUUCCCUUUUGCUCCCUCGAUCAACGUUAGAAUCUUUCUCCCGGUACGGGAAGUUGAAAGCCAGCGUUCGGCACAAUAGCUCCGCGAAAAGACUCGCUCAGGCUAUCUUCCUUGAAAAGUAUCUACUUAUCAUAUCAAAUCAAACUGAGCACUCCUGGCUGAUUGCAAGCCGGUUUCAACACCGGUAGCACCCAACUCACAACUCUCUUCUAAUCUAAUCUUGGUUCGCUUCUCGCUGAUCCGACUCCCUAUCGCCAAAUUGUCGGUGCUCUACAGUACUUCACUUUUACAAGACCUGAUAUCUCAUAUGCAGUAAACCUAGCAUGUCAGUUCAUGCAACACCCACGAGAUUUGCACUGGCAAGCAUUAAAGCGUAUUUUUCGGGAUUUAAAGGGUACAUUAUGGCCUCCAACUUUAUUAUGGACCCUUUGAUUCAAUCCUUUUUUCUCCUCGAAAGCUUGCUUCUUUUAUCUGCCGAAAUUCUUCAUUACGUCAAUAGCAGCCGGAUCUUUAUGCGAAUCAUUCUUUUCUUACUAAGCCCAUCCGAGUUAAGACGUCAGGAAAGGACUGGCAAGAAAGCCAUUGGCUGGGUCUCAAAAAUGAAAGCAUAUACUGAUGGCAGUAUUUAUAGGUACAAGGCCCGCCUCGUCGCCAAAGGGUAUACUCAGAUUGGGUGAGGGUAUUGACUACCAUUAUACAUUUGCUCUUGUGGCCAAGUGAGUAACUCUUCGAGUUUGACAUGUAGUGCACUUCUCGAAAAUCGAUGAAAGGGCAGGGAACACCCCAAGGAAAAGCUAUCCAACUACUAUUUCCUAUUCUGCUUUGCUUAGUCCCAAGCCUUAAUGGAUCACUUCUUCAAGCGCCUCAUAUGGGCCUUGGGUAUCUUCCCUACUUGACGUCACUUGCCGCAAGCUAGUAUUCGAAUUCUUAAUGAUACGUAGUAAAAACAAAUCGGUUGAUUCAUCAACGACUUCCUAGCUAGGAGGACUACCCUCUUUAUUGACUUCGCUACUGAGACCACUUCCAAGUAAGAGCGCAAGCCGACCGAGCAUACCUUCUUUGCAAGCCGUGGUCCCACAACGGACCGAAAUGGCCAUCAGAAAGCAGAUUCAUUUUCUGAUAGAAAAAGCCACUUUCUCGAUUCAAGAUCUCCGCUUCCUCUCCUUAUUUGGAUCAUGUGCAUUUUAGCCUGAUUUCUAUUUCUAGUUCUAGACUCCUCUCAAACUAGCCUUUUUGAGGGUUCAAACUGAGAUUGAAUAUUCAUAGUCUCAAAUGGGUUCUACCUCUAGGUUUCUUUACUCCACUUUGAAUUUUCAUAGAUUAUUUCAGGUAGGUAAGGAGGCCCGUAUUCCCUCCGCUAUAUCUCAUUCCUGGAUUUGCCUGCCUCUAUAUGGCCUCUAUAUAUCUAGUAGGAGAUUGAGUAGCACUUGACUAGAUUGACUGGUGCGUGCGCAUUUCCGAAUUGCAUUUCUUUGACUGACUUGUAUUUCCUAUAUUUCCUUUGGGAUUUUCAUGGCCUUACAGAGUGAGUUAAGUGACUUGGAGUUAGUUAUUUCCCGGAUUCCUCGCAACAAAGAGAUUGGUUCCUGGUCCUCAUUAUUAUUGUAAGUGAGUGAUGCUUUUUCUUAGAGCUCUGCGCGCGCUCUUCUUUCGAGAAGGCUAUAUAUAUAUUGGAACUUCCCCUACUAAAAAGUACUGCAGGAAACCAUUCUUUUCUUCUGAUACGCCCACUUUUUUUAUAGCUAGGUGCCGCCCGCCCGGGACCAAGGCAGGCUAUAGUAUAGGCGGAUUGCCCAACCGAUCAUAAUCAUAGGUUCAACCACACCAGAAAAGUGUUUAUACAUUUGGAAGACUUACUACACUGGAACCUAGAUAUCAACUAAACUAGGAAGUAGAAGCUAGGGCAGAGCCGUUUGGCAGGCUGCCCUCCGUCAAUCAAAGAUAGCUGUCCAGAAAGAAAGCUGGGAAAGGUACCAGCCCCAGGUGAAGAAUAGGAAGUCCUAUCAAGCAAGAGUUCGGACGGCGUUAAUCGAAGAGCUUACCGGUCUGUGUUCCAUCAAUGCCCUUCUGACUGGCCUGAGAGUUGGGUGAUUAGCGAAAAGAAAAGCACUAGCCACGGACCAAGGAGCAGUGUGAAUCGAACAAUGCAUGAAAAUGAAUGAUUGGCUUCUUGUCCUGCACCCGCCCCUUUUGCCAAUCUAGUAAAUUGGACCUCGGAUCUGAUAAUGGCUAGUUGAUACAUACGGAGUUAUAAGGUCGACCCUCACUUCCUUCAAUGAAAGCUAGGGCUAAGGGUUAUUGGAAUAAGGAUUCCGGCUGGUUAGGUUAAGGGAAUAUCUAGGUCUGCUUACUUCUUCAGCUAAUGAGUCUCCUUCUUCCAGGUUCCAAAGCGUAGGCCAAGGACCCGGACCUCGAUCCGUCAAUAGAAAUACUCCAACCAGAAAGUAAGAAGGAAGGCUAGUAGUAGGCAGAUAAGAAAGGUAGAAGCAUGGCAGUCGUCGGAUAAGAAAAGAGGAAACCCGGGUGAAAGGAAAAAUGAAAUACUGGAAUCCGUUCGCUACUCUUGUUAACCCUCACUCUGACUAGGGUUGUCCCACCAACCCGAUGCUAUGAUCAUGAUACGAUUUACCGGACUAGCCGGCAUACGCUCACUUCCUUCAAUCAACACAACUGUGAAGUCGUAUUGCAUUGCAUCUCGGGUCAGGUUGACUUGACUGGUUUCCUUGACUUGUUUCAAAAGAGACUGCUCUAAGGGAGGGGCUACUUUUGCUUGUGCUUGUGAGUCUUCAUAGAACCUUGCUUUCGAGCUAGAACGAAGCGCUGGUAGACUAGCUUCUUUUUUGCAGCGGAAAGAAACAAACUCAAGGAAAGGAUAGGAUAGCCAGUAGAGAAGAAAGGAUAGGAAAAGGAAAGGUAUACUUUUCACAGCCGACAAGCUUUCAUUUAAGCCCUAAAGAACUAGCUUCCUGGCGGACUUACUCACUCGAUCGCCGGCUUUCAGAGGACGAAGGGCUCGUUUUUGAUUCGUAACAUUAGUAGUUACUCAUUGGAAGAGAACUCGGUAGUGAAUCAAAUCUCUUUUCUGCUCUUCACUUCAAGUAGGUGGCCAUGGACUUGCCUACUUUCCCUAUUAUAGUAUAGUAUAGGGGACCAGAAGUUUUGAAUUGUCAAUAGGCUUUCCGGAGGUCAAAUAGGGUUUCGUUUUUACACUGCACUGGGCUUGAUCCAAAAGCAAUCGACUAGAUAGAGGCUGCCAUAGGCUUCAGUGAUUUCUCCGUUAUAGGAGAGACGCAUUUCUUUUCUCGAACUAGUUUUGAAGCCCUGCCAAGAUAGAUAGAGAAAGAUAGGUGCCGCUUGCUCCACGUGUGGCCAGGAAGACUCCCAGAAUUUCUAUAUGUCAAAUACCCGGGGAAUGUGAACUAUUCGAAAUCCAGAUUAGAGUUUCCUUCGGCAAAAUCAGAUGAAGUAGUUUUGGCACUAAGGGAAGCAUACUUUUCUCAGACCAAAAGACCAUCUCUAGAGGAAAAAUCUGCUAUAAAGCGAAAAUCGCGGGAAAACGGACUUGGUAACUUUUCCAGCUAUACGAAACAGACUUGAUUCUUAUCAGCUGGCUCUCCAUCGAGAGAAAAUCUGCUUGUCAACUUUUGGACCAUGGUGAGCAUCACUUGAUCAGAUCUUAGGACUCUCUAUCGAGGAAAAACGAAAUUCUGUGGUCCCGGCGAGAUCAAGUUUUAGAAUCUAUCGUCUUCCGUUACGAGAUAUCGUUUCUAUCUAUGACAUUCUAUGUAUGCAGAGGGACCUGGCCAAUGGGGAAGAAGAACUUGUCGAAGGAUCUCCAUACCUAGAGGUACCGGUGAUUCACCAGAUCUAAUCUAGAGUCGUAGUCAACGUCUUUAGGAAAGAUGAGUGACCUUGGCAUAGGUUUGCUGCUUACGGUUUCAAGUAAAGACAGUUUCCUAUUCGUAGGUUUCAGGGUUACUCUUCUGGCUUGAAGGGUUACUCGUAUUGGUUCUUCUGUUUGCUGGUCCAGAAAGGGAAAAGGUUGAUUACUCAUUGGCUAAAGGGAAGGUUGAUUACUCAUUGGCUGGCUGUGCUAGUGAACUACCUCCAACUAUGGUUAUGGUAUGGUUACUACUGUAAAGUAAAGUAAAGUAAAGUAAAGUAAAGGUGCCGGAAAUAAUCUAGUAUUUUCCUCACCUCAGUAGGAAGGAUUUGUGGUUCCUCAUAGCAUUUCCACCAUAUGUUGCAUUUCUGUAUUCGAAUUUGAGAUAGCGAGUCAAGGUAUUCUUCCUCAGUCUCGUAUUCUCCAUUCGAAGCGCCGUGUAUUCGUUCUCUGUUCCGGAGAAAGCACUCGUUUCGUUUGUUCCGGCUCGUGAUUCGCGUAUUGGUAUUGUUCAGUUCGCUAGGAUAGUGGGAACUGACACAUUGAUUCGUAGCAGAAGCGCCGUAUGCCAUUCCAUACAAAGCAGUGGUCAAAAUCGAUUCCUCGUAUUCUGGUUCUGGUUCUGGGAAACAGGUCUUUCGUAUCGAGAAGUGAUAAGUCUUUGGUAAUCUUGGUAAUCAGAAGUGGCAACUCGGCAAUCGUCCAAGGAAGAUUCAUAGGAUUGGUCUCUUAGGAAAACAAGCAUCUCAAUCAAGUAUCAAGUCAAAGUCAUCUGAGUUCCCGCUUUCGCCUAGACAGCAAUCCAAUUCUCACUUCUGCUUUCCAAAGAAAGACAGCAUUCCAAUGAGUCACGUAUAAUGUGACGAAUAAAAGGAUGUUCGUGUAGCAGCACUCCUAUAGUGUCUGAGUAUGGAAAGCCAGGCCUGUCGCAUAUAGUGGGAAAACAAGCCUACCCUCCUCGGCAAACCGGAAUCAAGAUUGCUUUCAUUUUCCCGGUGUUUUCGUCCAUCCUCCAAUUUCACUAAAGAAAAUGGGCUUCUGGAAAUGAGAGUUUUGCAGUAGUUCCAAAUAGUGAGAUGAACUUUUCCAAAAAGCAAUCGACUCUCCCUAGGUAAAAACCAAUUAUGGACUUUGCCAUCUAUAUGAUCCGCACUUUUCUCAUUGGAAAUCCAAUGAGUCACGUAUAAUGUGACGAAUAAAAGUUAGGCAAAAUUGACUUGAUGCCCAAAAUCCCAGUAAAAUGAAGAAGUCGAACCUGUCAACCAGAGAGCACCAUUUCUAUAUGAACAAUUGAGAUUCACACAUUACGCUAUCCAUUCCUGGGCCAUUUACUUGACUUGAGCUUGACUUGAAUUUACGUAGAUGAGCAUCUCUUUUGCAUUUGGAGUAGUGUAGUGACUUGCCUGUCCUCCCUUAAUCAGUACAGCUAGGAACCUCGAAACCUGAGAAGAGAUCGGGUUAGAAGAUCCGACCUGCCGCGUUGGGAGGAAGAUAAUUGGAGGACUAGUACCGGAUCGUAAGCAUUGGUGCUUCAUAGGUCACAAGUGAAGGAGAAGAAAUCCAAACCUAAGCUUUCUUUCUUGAUAACGAAGCAGCAGGAGAUUCCUCUCUGUUUUCCACCCGCAACGCAAGGUACUUUAUUGCUUUGCUAGCAUUCCAUCCAGAUAGAUACCAUUUAUCGAUCUUUAGAGGCUUGAGAGGUCGGGGCAGAUUAUCGACCCGACCGAAUCAGUCUAUCCCCACCUGUAGCGGAAGUAGAAAAAUAAAAUAGAUAUAGCUAUUUCUUAUAACAUUUCUGAUCUGAUAUUGCUGGCAGUAACCAUUGUAGCCAAAGAAAGUGAGAAAGAAAGAAACUAAUAGAAGUCGAAGACGCGGAAUGGUAGUGAAUAGAAGGGAAGAGAUGGGCUGUACAACUCUUACUAGGAAAACAAGCAUCUCAAUCAAGAUAGCAGACGAGAUGUAGAGAAGCAAAGCACUCAUUGCCGUGGGAACCUUAACUUGAGCGGGGAAGAGAUUUACAAGAUCAGCAAACUAGGAGCCCCAUAAUCUGAGGAAGGCCAUGGCUAAUCCUCCAAAUAAGAUAAGGGAAUUCGCUUAGGUUCUUUUUCUCAAGAGAGCAAGCCGCAGGGAUGGAUCAAGCAGUAGAAGGGAAAGGGAUAUCCCUGUCAUCAAAGCCAAGAGACCACGGUGCACAAUAAGGAUUCAAGGCCAAAGUGCAAGAACAAAUAAUAUAGCAAGUGCACAAUUCAUAAAGACCAUUCAGGCUCACUACAGUAUACUAGAGCACCAGCUGCUCACUUGUUCACAAAACAUAUGAAUAGGCAUCCAAAGGAAAUAGGCAAGUCUCACCUCCUAUCACUUUUCGAUACGAAAGAUCCAAUAUGGGCGAUCACUACAAUUGGGUUUGUUCGAGGCAGAGCUAUUAGUAACUUUUCUACCCAAGGAAGGUUCCUUCACCAGGCGUAUGCACCGAAAGUACGAAUAAUUAGACCUGCUGCCAUUCUUAAAACGCACCUGUGUCACUACAGUUCAAAACUGCAACAAAACAGAUGCAUAAUGAGACCGAGGAACCCAUACCAUUACCGAUGGGAGGCCCACAAAAGAAAGCUAUGAUUAGGAAUCCGGGAGUGGUUUAAGCUCGUCAAAGAAAAGAAAAGGAGUUGUUAGCGAUUCUCGUCAAGGAAGUGUUCCCUCGACUCGACCCUCCUCGUUCGGUAGAGUACACAUAUUAACUCGAAAUGCAGCAGAAGACACCUAUUUAAUCGAUUAAUAUCCAAACGAUCCUAUGGAAAGCAGAUUCGGAUUGAUUUCCUAGACCCACACAGAAAACAGCCCAUAUUUCAACCAGAAAUGAACGAAUAAAGGCAACUCCAGGAAAAACCUGGUACCCGUUACUUCGACCAGAUCCCAAUGGAUCCGUACAGGGUGAUUUGAACUGCUCCUCUCGAGAAGAUCGACGGAGCUGAGCUAACUUGUGAGACGGAGCUCACUUCUGAGAUAGAGCUGUCUUCUUUCUCUGCGGCAGGGCAGUGCACCCACCCAUCUCUUCCUCUGUCCAAAUGAUCCACCUGAUUGGUCCUUUCGGGCAUAUAGAGUCAGUCUCAUCCAGAGCAUCACGAGCUUCACCACUACAACCAUCUGACAUUCAUGCACGAAUCCAUCCCUCGCACUUUGUUUCGCUAGCUGCCCUACCUCGCUCGUAAUGGUGCCAGUGCCGGCUCGAUGGUGGACUCGGGAAUGGUCAAUCCAGAUGUAGAGAGCUCCCUAAAAGGAAACCUGUUUUCAUCAAAGACAACAUGUCUGGAAAUCCAAAUUCUGUUAGUUGGUAUAUGAAGGCAGCGGUAACCUUUCUGUUGUGGUGCAUAACCAAGAAAAAUACACGGCAUCGAACGAGGCUGAAGCUUGUGAUCAAUGUAAGGUCUGAGGUGAGGCUGUCUGAGAAUACGAAGAUUCGGGUCUUUAUGAAACAAUUGUGUGAAGGGAGAGAGAGAAGAAGAAGAGGCGCGGAGCGAUUGAUGAGAUAGACCACACUUGCAAAUAUUUCAUCCCAAAAGGAACCGGGAUAGAAGCGUGUUGCAUAACAGCAAGGCCGCUAAGGUAAUGUGUCUAUGUUUGCGCUUGGCCACUCCGUUUUGCUGAGGAGUGUACGGACAACUGGUUUUAUGAAUGAGUUGUGGGAAAAGGCGAGAGGGCGCGAAGCGUGAAUGGAACCAUGAGACAAGGCCGCAGGAGAAGAGCCAAUGUGGGAUAUUUUCAUACCAGUACCAUCUCCACUCCACUCCAAUGGUGAGAGUAUCUGAACCAGCAUAAGCAAAAUAAGAGGACAGGUGCGAAGCAAGUCACCGGUGACAUGAUGAGAAGCUCCUGAGUCUAAGAGCCACUCAGUCGACUGAGGUAGAGAAGGCACUGAUGAAAUCUGAGACGGCACUGGUUGCGCAACUAAGGCGUGAGCGAGGGUCUCUUUGUGGUGGUCUUUCACCAUCUUCCUUUUGAUUGGCCUAUAUCUUAGAAUCCGGUCUUUCGCUGUUCCCACAGUCCCUUAGUCCCGUACCGGCUGUCGGUCUAUCUCAUAUUCGCAGAAGAAGGAACUUGCCAUGCUGGAAGUGUAAUUAAGUAGGCGGCUGGUCGUAGAAUAGUCUUUGAAGUAAGUGCUGUUGCAGUUGUAGAACCAUUGAUUCUUCCUCGCAAACCUUUCAUCCCCGCUGUCUAGCUCUCUCCUAGUCCAAAGCGAAUUCCAUCGUAUCCGCCUUUGAGGAAAAGACCGAAUCCGUCUUUGAGCCAUCCUAAGAAAUCCUCGUAGGUAAUCUCCGCAAACCGGCAUCCAAUAGAGUUUUGAGUUGUCUGUCUCUUUAUUGCCUAGAACUGGCCAAUGAGGUUGAUCCAAACAGAUCCAUGGAAGUAUCACAAUAAACAGAUGCAAGAGAGAAAUCGAACUAGGAAAUCCACGGAAGGGAAGAUAGCCACCUCGAAUCCUGAGACCUAUUAGACUUCCACUAGACUAGGAAAUAUCUCAAAAGAUCCUCGGCAUGGUUCCUUGCGGCAGGGUUGAUACGGUUUCUUGGUCAGGUUGGUAAAACUGACGGAUAAAGACUGGGUUUUGUGUUGAACACAUAGCACGAUGGGCCUUGUGAGUUCCCUGAAAGGAAUGAUUGUGAACAAAUUUACGAUUCCUCUUCAUCGUCAUCUAUCUUUGUGGCUUAAACCUGAAUCCUGUUUGCGAUGUUAGUACUGUGAUAUCUACUGACCCAUGUACGCAGCAAGGGUCGAUCGGAUGCUGAUUUCAGCUCCCAUAUAAAAGAAAGCAAGGCAGUCAUGAAAAACUGUCAUGCUUUGUUAAAAUGAUUUUAAGUUCAGACCAAUCUGUUAUUCAAAGAUCUACUUUUACAGAUACAGAUCAUACUUCACCUUAAUUUUGCGAUGACUAAAAUAUUGCAAAAACGAUUUACUUAUACCCGUACCCGUCGAGAGUUUCUUUCUAUAUGAUAAUUCGAGAUUGCUCUACCGGACCUGAAUACUUGAUUCAUUAAGGUCGUCACCCUAUACCCGGAAGUCUCUAUCGUUUUCUUUGUCUGUUAAGCGGGUUAGGACUCCCUAAAUCAAACAGCAAUCGCUGUUUAUCAACCACUCACGGCGACACCGAGAUCUUCGACUUAGCUCCCUCCCACAGGUCAUCCCCCCGGGGCGGAAGAUAACGAAAGGGAGACAAAGUCCUAACUAAAUCAACACACAAUAACCUAAACCUUCUACCCAUUCCAUCCAUCAUAUCCGUCGAGUCGAGGAGAUUCGUUCUUAUCUAUAGAUAAGGCAAGAGAGAACUUAUGCCCUCGCGGAUGGAGAGGGAUUCGAACCCCCGGUAUUCCUAUCAAUACUUCGGUUUUCAAGACCGACUCUUUCAACCGCUCAGACAUCCAUCCCUGCGCUCGCCCGCCCUAUCUAUCUGCGCGCUGGCAGGUAGGGGCAACUCUAUGUGAUUCGCUACGCUUACUUGCGCCCCACCCCGUAAGCUGACUCUAUUGCCUAGCACACUUUUCCGGUAGUACGAAUCGCUACGCUUCGCUUCUUUCUAUAUGAUAAUAUGCACCGUCGGUUGCUGCGCUCCCUGCGGGUAAUAGCAAGAGAGUGAAGAACGAACGAUCCUAAAAAAAGUAAGCAGUGAAUGAGUCCGACUCGAGUUCGUGAGUCAAAGGCGUGGCAAGAGAGCGAGUUCGACUCGCGAACGAUCCGCAAGUGAAGGACCGAUCCUUUAACGCCAGUACUGUUGCGAGACUGGUACUUGGCGGCUCACGAGCAACAUAUAGACUAAGGUUGCCCAUCACUCCCUCGCUCCUUUUUGAAGGCCCACCGCUCCCCCUUUCUUUAAGUAUCUAUCCCGGCUUGCAUUUUGGGGCGAGUACUACAGUUCCUCCAUAAUCACACAGAACGCCCAGCUUCGCAGAGCUGCUCUCUCCCCAGUCCACAGCAAGGUGUGGAAUCUGGAUCUACUGUGUGUUCUUACUCUAUUGGAUCAAGUCAGAUACUAAGCCUUCUACUACUACUACUACUACUUAGGUUAGGAGAUAAAAUGCUAAAUUUCAGAGAUUGGACUCUCUUACUGUGUUUUUUCAGGGCUGUUCCCGAGCCAGGUUCCCUGGAUCCAUUCUGACCUAAAUGGAUGAAUGAAGAAGGGGGCGAGCAGAUACGACGGCCACACACUUCUUUUUAGCCGAAUAAAGCCGGAUCUACUACACGGCUAGGAUCAGAGAAAGAUUGAGAAAGCAAGAUCAAACCUACUCUACUGUCGAUUCAAAAGGUAAACUGCCCCCGAAGACUACUUUAUUUUAUCAAUGAAUGGAUCAAAGAAGGAGGCUCUAUCUAUGUCAUCGUAUAUAAGGGAAGAAGCCCGCCCCUGACCUAAAUGGAUGAAUGAAGAAGCUAGCCCGGGUAGGGUAGACUUUAAGAGCUCUUGCUCUGCCUAUCCGUCUCGCUCCGUCUUGGAGGAAAGAUACGAAGGGCCUACUCUUUUCAUUAAAGCCCUACUCUUAAUAUAAUAAUAGUGAAAGCCUCCUUCUCUUACCUACUUUGACUCAUAUCUUCGGUAUACCUCAAUACAAGACAAGCACUGGAAAGGAUAUUCAAGAAAAACCGGGCUAUCGCCCUAUCUAAGCGGGUUUCCCCUCUCCUCUACGGGAGUCCUCUUUUAGUCUAUUUCAGUUCCUGUGUCUAUCGCUAUCGCCCUAUUCUCUCUCAAUUGCCUAUCCUUUUCAAAUGAGGGGGAGUACCUUUUCUUUAGCUUCCAACAUGAAAGAUUGACCCCCUAAAGUGCCAGAUAUGCAAGUUUGAUGAAGGACUACUUACUUAGCUAAGCUAAAGUGAACUUCUGACUAAAAAAAAAGUGGACUAAAAGAGAACAACAAAAGAGAGAUCACUUUCGACGAUUAAACAGCACUUUUAUAUCCAGAUUGGAACUGGACUUGAACCUUCAUAUCCAGAUUUCACUCCACUUUCACUUUCAAUAGUGAAUUAUUCACUUUCGCUCAUAUUCACUUUCACUUUGGCCAGGCCAAGAAAUACAAAUAAGACCUUGAACUCCCUAUUUCACGUAUAAUCGAGAGACUCAGAAUAUCAGUGCCUUGGGUAAAUGCCUACCAAAGGGAGAAGAUUACCGAACUUUUUUCUGUCCUCUUCGCUUCCUAAAAUAUUUAGGGAAAAGGCCUAGUCGGCCACCGCUUGCUAACGACGGAAGGAUGAAAGGGUCCUCGCGUGGGACUUAGUUGGAAAGGUAGGUGUUCGGCAUGUCCCUUGCUUGCGAACUUCUUUAGUAGGGCGGGUAGCUUUGGAGAUCCCAUUUUUUACGUUUACCGUUGUCCCCAGACUUCACUCUUUCAACACUUGUCUACUUUCGAAAUAGUCAGGCGGGUCCAAGUGUGUGAUCCACCGAUUCACUGAGUGGGUCUUUCUUACCGCAGUUUUCCCUAUCUCUUAAAGCCCUAUCAGACUUCCGAUCCAUCCCUUGUUUGCCGAUUGAAGAAAGCCUUAUAUGGUCUCAAACAAGCACCCAGAGCGUCGGUUUGCAAAAUUCAAGAUGGCCAUGCUGGUGAAUGAAGCUGGAUUCAGACAGAGCUCGUGUGAUCAUUCUUUGUUUGUUUGUUAUACGGCUUAUGGUAUGGUUAUUUUUUUGGUCUAAGUUUAUAACAUUAAAAAAGCAGGCAUUGUUAUUGUUAAAGUGAAAGUGAAAUUUAACAUGGGAAUUUUCUUUCUUUCCUUCAGAAACAGUUCAGAAUGAAAGAUCUUGGUGACUUGAGGUACUUUAUCGGUAUUGAGGAAUAUAAUCCCUAUUGUGGGUACAUAGAUCAUGAGCCAACAGAAGCCCUUGAGUUGAUUUGCUCGAUUUACCGCCACAUACUACUUACUAAACAGACUCUACUUUAGGGGUCGGGUCUCGAUCCGAGUUGUUUAGCGAAUGACUCAACCAAUACAUCUCUACUUCGAGGUGUAAAUAAAUUCCACUCUUUAUCCUCUUAAUGAAAGAAUCGAAUUUUCUACUUUGACCUUGCGAGCACCCACUCAAAACAGGGAGGGCGAACUCUUAUCUCUUUUCUUGAUGACCGAUCUCUCUCAGAACCCUAGACCAUGCUAUACAGGCUACCCCUUCAUACACAUUACCUAGUAUCUCCUUCAUUUUCUAUUAUUUAAUUGCUUUUAAUGGCAUACCUCUCUACUCAAAUAGAUACUCACAGGAGUCUAUUUCCUCUUCGCUUACCACCGGUAUCUACCUUUCUAGUAGCAAUAAAUAAAGCCAAUAAUUAUUAUUAUUCAAUAAGCAUUCCUCUUGUCAAAACUUGUUUAGCGGUGACUUCUAUCGAUCAGGGUUAUCCCAUGGAUACUAUUUGUAUUUUUACUGUUGAGUACAGGGAAUUCCAUCCUAGAAACAUAGCAUCUAACAAUAUAGUUUACUGUUCCAUUCUGAUAUGAAGGAAGGUGAGGGUUAAGCAGAUAGGUAGGUUCAAAGAAUGGGUGAACCCGACCACUGCUGGGCAAAUGAGUACGAGCUGUCUAGCUGUGGACAAGAAAGGGGUACUUCGAAGAGCAUGAAUACAGCUGGCUGUGCUCUUGUAGUCAUACCCUCGGUAAGAAGAUCCUACCCAAGGAUAGCGAGUGAACACUCCCACCAUAAGCGAGCUAAGAUAGUGGAAUUCAGUCUAUGAACGCAAGCCUAAAAGUAGAAGCACAGAAUCCUGUCUAAUAACCACGGAUGUAGAAAGAUCUGGUGGAAGGCCACUGGAUGGAAGGUUAUGCGUAAUAUCAAACUAAAGUCAAAGUUUACCAAGAGGUAAGCCUGAAUGCUUUAGGUUCGCUACGAUAGUUGUUACUCACUGGGUCAACUAGUCAUGGUAUAGUUGUUUACAUGGUAGCUGGUUGGAUCGACAGACCAGAGAAAAGAGAUUCUGGGUCAUCCCCAUGAGCUGAUACAGCUCUUGUUUGGAUCGCCUUCUGGGCAGCUAACUAAGGAAAGGAUUAUCGGGAUUAAUUCCAAUUGUGGGUUGAGAAGGAUGGCAAGCUGGUUACUCAAAUUGGAGAUACCCUGUUCUAGGAAUGAAAGGGUUCAUCACCCCGGAACGAGGUAAAGGGCUACCCCUUGACCGAGUGAAGGCGAGCCUGGAUCCUGAGAUUGAUGGAUGAUGGAAUGGAUCCAACCGCGAGGUACCCAUUCUAACCAUGAAGGGUAAAGGAGCCAAGCAAGCUAUCAGGCUGAUACACCACUUGGUUAUCUUCUUUAAGAUCAUCUCUCUUUCCUGCAUUCUUAGCUAACUCGGCUUUUUAGUCAAAUCGCUAAGCUAAGGGUAAGCUGCUUUCGGGCUAGCUUGUAAGCCACGACUUAGUUUAGUUUAGUUUAGUAUAGUAUAGUAUAGUAUAGUAUAGUACUACGAGGAUUCUGGCGGGGAAAUGCGCAGCGGAAAAAGGGAGAAAUGUUCUUUCCAAUGAAGAAGGCCGCUAAGGUUGGCUUUCUUUCCUCCAUCAUUACUGAUGUUUUUAGCUUCUAAAUGGAAUCUGAGGAAGGGAAUAGCUCUUGUUCAUUAGCUCUUGUAAGAAAGAGUGGAAACCACAUAGCAAUAAGCAUCUCCUUACUAGGCGGUCUAGUUCACACAGACAGUGCUUACUUAAGAUGGAUCAAUUGACCUGUCUUGGUUUUCUAACAAUUGCUUACUCUGCUGCUUUCGAUUUGUGAGCCAGGUAUAUUCUAUUUGUAUGUAUUUGCAAAAUGCCUAUGUCUCUAAUUUCUGCUUCUUAGGUUGCUGGCGUUGGCCCCAACUGAGUCGGCUCCAUACAUCCAACAGAUGAAUGGCUAACUCAUACCGCCCCGGCAAGGAAUGGCUCGCUCUUUCCUAAAGCUGAGGUGAGGGGAUGAGCCAUUCCUCUCAAAUCAAAAGGGGGGCUCGCUCCUUCCUUCCUACCUAUUGGUCGGCUCGUUCAUCUACUCGCUGGAUUGGAGACCUAUUGUUUGGAGGGUUUUAGUAUACACGUACGUCUUUGCUUUCCUUUUUAAUGCUGCCGGUGAUUCAGCCACAGCCACAGUAAGAGCCGCUACCCUCAUCUCUGUUAUUCUUAUUUCAAAUAAAAACGAAGUAAGUCUUUGAACGUAGAGCAGAAGGGAGGGUUAUUAACGCUGCUAAUAAAACAGCCGAAAAGACAUCGAGUUUCUAAUCGCUGAGUUGAUGUGAAAUGAUCAGUGAUCAGACUAAACAAAGCCGGUUUAAUAGAGCACUAACAGGGCGGCAGACCUAUUUAUAGAAAAAGAUAUAGUUUCUAUUUGCCCAGGGAGCAACAAGAAAGGUCACGGGUAAAGCACUCUAAGGUUCCAUUUUGGAUUGUCUGGUAGGGAUAUUGGCUACGAGACCUACUAUGAAAGUCUGGAUACCAGGAAAACGAGCGAAAUUGCUGACUCGCUCCUAGGAAGCUUCCAAAGUUUUUAUUACAGGGUCUAAGAACAGCAAAUGGGAAGUUCUCCUCACACUCACUCCUCUCAUUUAUAUCCUUAUUCAUGGCUACCAUCUAUCUUAAAAGCUACUGCUGUGACACUCAUUUUCUAAUUAAUUUUAAAACUAGGUAGGCAAUUUACGCACUUUUCAAUGAAGAGUGGAUGAUCUGCCAGCUCUCGCGGAAAGAUGUCAAAGUUCUUGUGAACCCCCAAUUCUGCAGUGGAAUGAGAUAAAGCAGCCCAAAGGUCCACCGGGAUUUCAUCUAAACUCCGUGCCGUGGUGCACAUUAGCAGAAUACAUUCCGCUUCGAAAGAGCCUUAUACUUAUACAUAGACGGAAAAAAGAAGAAGAGGGAGAACGGUUGGAUUUGGUCUUGUUGUCUGUUGUUCUUUUCUCUAUCCUUAUAGAGAAAGUGUUGGGUGACUUUCCCAUACGAUAAUAAAAAGUUUUUCAAACAAGUAAAUCAAGUCCUAGGUAGAGGUUUUCCCCGAGUCUACAUACUGUCUUUUGAGUUGCUUUUUAUCGAGGGAAAGAGGGGGCCUAACUAAAAUAAAUACGGGAUUUUCUCCCAUACUUUUUUACUGAGCCAAACGGACGGAGUUAAGACUUCGACUAGCUAGCUUUGAACAAUAGACUCUAGCCCCACCAGGUAAUCUGGGGCUUUAAAGGGCGACCCGCUUAACUUUACUGAAAUGAGGUAGCUAGAGAAAAUCCAUGAAAUGGGUUGGAAUUAAGAUGUGCGCGCACUUCUUCUCAAAAGAACUACUAGGCAGGCCAUCCAGGUAGGCGGGUAAUUCUCUCCGUAUGGCUGGAAAUGCAUGCUCUCACUUCGAGUUUCAAUUCAAUCUUAUCGCAAACGCACUACUAUGCUAUAGCUAUAUCUAGGAAAAGCGGCAAUACAAAGCCAAGAUCUUCCUUACUAAACUUAACUCAUAAGUUUAAGUUAAUGAGGGCUAAUCCGUCCGCAGUUUUCAACUGGUAAAGCUUUCCCUGUCUCUUCGGGACAAAUAAAAGAAAAAGUAAAUGCAAGACAACCUGAAAGGAAUUCCUAUGUAUGAGUUAGUUCGAUUCCAUACUCGGACUGGUAUAUAUAAGUGCUCAUCACUACUCGACUCAAUCUACUAUAGGAUAGGAUAGGAUAGGAUAGGAUAGGAUAGGAUAGGUAGGUAGAGAGUAAUUCUCCGAAAGAACUACUAGUAAAAUAUGUAGGUAGGGCUUGGGCAAGUAAGUAAAGUAGGCAUGAGUUAUCUUUUCCUACGGCCUACCGAGUCAAUCUAUUCGGACAAGUAAAUAAGUCUGGGCAUUCCUUCACUUCAGGUAAUUCGAUAAGUAACUACGUUCAUUCAAUGCUAGGGCUCUCCACUUUUUGUGAAAUUACAAGGGGGAAAAAUGCUCUCUAUCUAUUCCAAUAUAGACUUGUUUGUGGACCUACCUUCUUUUAGUUAGCAAGUUCGUAAGGCAAUACAAAUCCAAAAAAGCUAGGAAUUGAACCAACCCACUUGAAAUUCUCGUAAAGAGAGAGAGAGUGUUGUUUUCUAAAACUGGAUAUUUUAUAGCCAUUUUCAGUGCAUCUAGAUCGUGCGGGCUCUUUCUUAAUUUCAUGUCCGUCCCGGCUACUCAAAACUCUGAUUCAGGAAAGAAAUGCUAAACAAAGAAAUGAGCAAACGUUACUAGGAAGGUGAACUCGCUAUCAAACUACUGCCUGCGCUAGGGGAAGCGCGAAAGAAAAACCUGUUUCAAGAUCUGAUACCCUUGAAGGACUCCCAGGAAUGAGAGAGCAAGUACAAGGACAAUCUUAUUUUCUAAGGAUAGGCUCCAUAAUUAACAUAGUUCGGUUAGAGUGGAUUUGAAAAGCUACAGCAGAUCGAUAAGUUGCUAAUUUAGCUAAGUAAACUCCACUACGGAAUCUAGCUCUCCAUAAGAGGGUAUUCCCAAUGAGACAAGUAGUUUAUCGAAGCUCUGUCUGAAGAUUGUAGUCCUGAUUUCUCGGAAUAGAAUAAUUGAAUGAGCAGGUGCAGAUGGUCAAUCUCCAUCUCUUUUAUGGCAGAUUCUUUUUCGAGGACCUGGCGACAACUCUCUCUGGACGGUAGGGGAACCCCUGUGAAAUCAGUAAUCAACGCACUCCCACUCCUCUUGCUCCAAUUCCCUCUCUUCCUGCUAAAGCUCCAACUUAUCCAGACUGGUCAACAAUUCUUCCUUUGUUCUCCUAAUCUCUCUAUUCACAUUUGCACUCCACCCCUAAAACACUUUCUCAUCUGUUGUAAAUGUACUCAAAAGGCUUCCCCAAUUCUCCUUUUAACAACAGUGCAUGCUCCUCUGAAUAAAGUCUUCUUGUUUCAACCAUGAUCUUUCAAACUUGAAAAACCCUUUGAACAGUUCAGUCUCACACUCCACCAACAAAGGAACAUGGUCUGAACCAUACCAUAUCUAGGAAGGGGCUGUCGCCACAGCAUGGGUAUACAACAUUGAAUCCCAGUCUAUUGUAAAAAGGAAUCUGUCUAACUUAGCAGCUGACACAGCAUUGUUCCAAGUGAAUUUGCGCCCUUGCAAAGGUAGCUCCAUCAGCUCUAUAUCCUCAAUCAGCCCAAACAAUUCCUUGCUAACCCUAGCCUGGAAUUUCACACCUAUUUUCUCACUUCUGGACCAAUUUACAGAUAAUCAUGUUUUCUUGGUAUCUAUAAUUAUAGAGCAUCUCAAAAUUGUGAUAGAUUGCAGUCUUGAUAAUGCUAACAUAGUAUUGGUAAUCUAACAUUUCGUAUUUUGAUGCCAGUCACAACAGUUUGACAGGACCCAUUUAUCCAAAAAUAGUCAACUUGAGAGGACUUUUCAAUCUCGAACUCAAACUGAUGCGUAGCUAUUAUUUAGAGAUGCUCUUACAGAAUCCCAUCCCAUGCUACGGAAUGAAUCUAGUUACCAUCCGAUUUAGCUCCAUAAAUAUGGACAUGGCUUAAGGAAGCUAAUUACUCGGGUUCAAGUAGUUCCGGCUAGAGAGAUGGAGUAACUAAGCCCUAACGUUAGAUCCAUUAUCUCACAGAGUUCAAUUCAGACAAUUCAACCCUUCCUGCGCGGGUGCCAGACAUCGCCAAAAUGAGUAAGUCUAAGUCGCCGAAGAGAGUAUUUUUGGUCUCUCUCGCAAGCUCUGAUAGUGAGACAACAAAGGAAAGAAUCUUCAGGCUAUUCGCUUCCCUCUUUCAGUGUAGCCGGGUAGCAGUAUCGGCAAUCCCACGAGCAGACGAAUCAAAUCAGGCCUAUUCUUUUUCUAUGUUCUUUUUUUGCUCUACCCAGGGCUUCUAUGGUCAAACGUGGAAGCCUUUUUACGUGCACAAGUCCUGAACGAAUUUCGACUCGUCCCUCUCUUUUCUUGAGACGAGGACUUAAGUUCAUUUUAUCUUCUUCUCAAUCUCCGUUCUUCUUUAAUUAACUACGAUCUUGAGAAAACCAUGCGCUGUCUGGCGAUGCGAAAGAUGAGAAAGAAAUUGGCAUGUCCUGGAUCUACCACUUUUGACUUCCUUUUUCGUACUCUUCUUUCAUCCUCCUUACCAGAACGCUUUUCCUGGUUCAGAAGAAUAAGAUACUGAAAUUGUGUUGUGGCUUACAUAUGGAAAAUGCCUUCGUCUUGAAGCUACCAAUGCACACCACGGUGAAAUCAUUGUCAAUUAAUUGUUAGAUUCCCCAUAUCACCCAUAGCCACCCAAAUCUUUUUUUUGCCUCAAACUCUGCUGCCCUAUCACUCCUCGAUAAGUGUACUUACUCAGGUUGUGCACUUGGCUGAGCGAGAUCUUCCCCUUUGGCAUGAGAACCGCCUACCUACGCUAACGUAACUAAUGCAGAUGGCGGAAGUUAGUAGUUCUCCUAUCGUAGUAUUAUACGUAUUUCUCACGUGUAGACCUUAAGUUCUGCAGGAAGGAUAUUUAUAUAUAUACCAUUCCAUAUUAAAGUCAGACGGAUAGGGCAUAUUUGACUAGGAAGCAAGCAAAGCGAGUCCCUCCAUACCAGCUAGCAGUCUUGUUUAGGGAGUCUCCUUCUUUACUGAGUAAGGUUCCCGGGUGCCUAUGCGAUUAUUAAGGCAGGGUGCUACUGUACCAGUAGUAGAGUGGGUUGAAUCAAAUCGUUUGUCUAGAGAGGGUGUAGCGAUAACUAAAGCUGACUGUACUAGAAACUGGAGAUCCUGUAUAGGCAACUGGCCUUAUAAUAGUGUAUUGAACUACAGGACAGGAACGACUCAUAAACAAGCGAAUUCUGCCUUUAGAUAAAGACAAUUGGAAAAGAAGUCGAAUCAAACAUUCAAACCUAAGGCCUUUGUGGCAUCGGUUACAGCUGGGAAAGCGAACCUCUAUCCAUAACAAUAAAGAAGAAUCUCGAUCUAAUUGGAAAUUUCCCAUCACCUUUUUUUUUUACUUGUGGCUGGUUCCUGUUUGUCAAAGUGGCUUCGUCCGCCCUUCCCCUGAAAACUACGAUGAAAGCUGGAGUAGAUAGAUCUACCAGGCAAACUUCCCCUUCCUCCCAUGUGGUAUUCCCACCUCUAUCCAUGUUAUAGUCUAGAGCCAGACAACCUUUGUCAUAAUAUUUGCUAGUCUUUAACAGAUAGCAUUAUUAGUGACAUAAAGAGACCAUCCUAUCUGGAUAUCUCGACUUCUCUCUCCACUACGAGAUCUACUAGAGCCUUUUUUGCUUACUCUGGCGGGCCGGCCCCUUCGGGUCGCCUUCACUCGUCUAACGGCGACUUACGGUCUCUGCUCGUUUCCCUGCGUCUAACUAGUACUUGUUUCCGCUUCCACGGAAACAUUCGAUAAGUUAUACGUUACAAACUAACACUGCGGGCACAACUUCAUCGUGGUUCGACUCUGCGAUUACUCGACUCUCUCCUCGAUUCUGUUGUCCCUUGCCGCCUUAGGGUGAGUAAGCGGCUCUAGUCUCUCUCUCCUUUACGAUCUUAGUCGAGAUCUCCCUGCUUAACCCCUUUCAAGAUGUUUUGUUAUGUGUUACCUUUUUUUCCCAGAAUGAUCGGCCUCCAUGGAGGGUCCUUACCUCAACAUGGCCAUCAUACAGGUAAACAAACUUUUCAUCGUUAUGAGUGAUAAAAUACGAAUUAUUUAUAUAAUCGAUAUAUUCAACAGAUCCUUCUAGUUGGUUUGUAGAUAAUAGACUUUGAAGACCUUCUAGGUUACAUACAAAAUCAUCGUACUUGAAGGCUAUAAAUACUUCGUUAUACCAACGGCUAUAUUGUACUCCUGGAUACCAUUUAUCAAACACUGUAUCAAUUCAAUUUCAAUUUUCAAUAUAGUAUAGUAUAGUAUAGUAUAGUAUAGUAUAGUAAAGAUGAAAUAGAACUUUAGUUAGUUCUCCUACGGGAGAGACCCAUGGGUAAUUUAUCAUAUUAUGAUUCUGAAUAGAAUAGAUUGGUAGACUAACAACCUGUCCGGUUAGAUCUUUUAUAAGACCAUCGGGGAUAAUACCAUCAAUAUAUGCUAAUAUAUCAGUUUGAUUUGUAUGAUAGAAACUAUCACUCAACUGUAUUGUAUCUUUACAAGUGCUUUAACGUUAUUCUGUUCACCUAAGCCUUUAUAGUGGCCUUCCUUGAGAUCCCUCAACUUAGUGAGUUGCGGGGGUGUGUAAUAUCCAUAUCCAUCUACUAAGACUAAGACGGUGUUUAAUAACACUUUUGCUAACGCGUAGAAGUGCAUCAGAUGCAAAUCUACACUUAUAGACAUGUAAAUCAUCACCGUUCACACAUUCUGUGGUUAAGACCCCUCUAUCUUCUUCCAUUUCCAUUUCCAUAGUAACUAACUGAUAGAGGAAAUUCUCUUUCUUUAAAUAAUAUUUAUCUAAAUGAUAUAGAUCAAUCGGAUAAAAAUGGUACUCCCCAGUAGUGUAUAUUAUCUCUUUCAAACGAUCUUUGAUGAAAGACGUAGCACCUCUCACCCUCCAAUCAUCGUUAUAGACUGAAUCGAUGGCUUGCAUCAGCAAAACUAGUUCAUUAUUACAGAAGGUCAUAUCAUAGUAGAAUCUUUCUCUUGUUGUUGUGUUUUAGUUGGAUUUUCCUGAGUAAACACAGCGCCAACUUAUGAAUAAGUUAAGUAAAAUAGUCAAGUAUUUUCUAGUUGGUAAAUUUAGAUAAUGAAAAGCUCUAAAUAUUUCAUUUCCAAUUCGACCAACUUUUCUCUACUCUAACAAGGAGCUCCUGCUUCGAUACUAGGAAGGCACAAGGUCUCGUCCCCUUCACCCGCACACCGGAGCAGUCUCCUUUCGUUCAUGAGAUAAGAUGAAUCGCUAAGAGUGAGCUUCUGCACAGUAGAGGAUCUGAACUCAUAAGGCUCGCAGAGGACUCAUUGAAGAGUGUUCUAAAAGAAACCUCCUCGCAUCUAAGUUUUAUAAAACUAGUGGGUGUAAAAAUCCCAAAUUGACAGAUCUCUAUCAUCAUGUACAUGAAACAUCAAAAACUUCAAAAUAAACUACAACCACCUGUCAAUUGAACCAUAGGCAGACCUCUUGAGCUACCCACAGCAAGUCCGGUGGCAUUGUAGCCCACACUCGCCCAUCCCUAUGCUUAAACAACCCCCAAAAGACCCCUAUGAAAGCAGAAAUCAACAGCUUGAGUCUUCUUGGCAGGUGCCUCUUGGCAGCCAAAUUAGCUCUAUUUAAAUUGUAGGUCGCAUGAGCCACCAUAAUGAGCAUUUAGACUUGACCAAACCGCGACAGCAUACGGACAUUAGAAGCUCUUAAAUAAUGCAGACUCAACCGGGCUGUACCUGCACAUGACAUACGGCUUAGAGCAGUGCAGUUGCCUUCUUUCUUUGUUCACCUACAUUUUCUUGUUCUUUAUUGAAUUGGAUUUGACUGACGACAAGACGCGCUGCUAGUGCUAGUUUCAGUAAGCCUGUCUCUUCUAGAGGAAAGCAAAGCUGGCCCGGGAUUAAGAAGAGCUCCUAUUUUCAUACUCUAAGCUUGGAUAAUCCGCAUCAAGAAGAUUCGAACCCCUGCUAGCACUGCGUAAGACAACCAGUCAAUCUGGAGUUUAGUAGAACUCGCUUUUAGUCUUUCUUUCUUACACAGAAAUAGAAGUUUCUAGGUGAAAGCUCAGUUUAUCCAAUUACAUAUUAAUACCUUAAGAUUCUGAUGGCAUCACUUUCUCUCGCAUAAGGUCCAGUUGAUAUCAAACAAAGGUGGAUCCUGCAGAUUUUAUCACCCGGUGGCGAAAUGCAAGUGUUUACAGUGCCCGGGAUUUGGUCCAUAAGGGGUAAAGAUCUGCAUUACUAACCUACAAUCCGCGGGUGGAUAAGCAGAUACACGGUCUUGCGCUUCGCAAACAUUUGAAGAACUAUCUUAUCGCGCCACCGACUUGAUUUUAGCUUUUAUGAUUUCUCCACAUUCCCCCUAAUUCCUUUUCUUUAAUCCCCGGCUUAAACCCUUAUUUCAUUCCAUUGCAUGAAUUCUGGACCCUAUAUAUGCAUUUUUCUAGCGCUAGGAAUCGUAUUUCUUUAAUCCUGGGUAUUGGGGUAGUCAAAGCAACAACUAGAUAAUCCAAAAGUGCUCUUCACCAGGAAUCCAUCCCCGGACCACUUGACUUGUACCUGGAACAGAGAAUCAGCCAAUGGAAAGCAAGGCUUGCAGUUAGAUGUGGGAGAUGCUCAAGACAGAGCGUGAUGGCAAGAGUGGAGCGAAUAAUAACAGUUCUUAGCUAUCACAUUCAGAAAAAACUACAGCAUCCCUUGCCCCGCAAACCAUGUGCUUUCAUUCAAUUGUUAGAUCAGAUCAUUUGCAAAAGAAACCCAUCCUUGCUUUUAGGAAAGUAUCAUACCAAGACGAAGAGGAAUAAGGAAGGGCGAAGCAUUGAGAAGAAUGAAAGCCUAGUGAUUGCAAGCAAGUUUGGAAUUUUUCAGGCACGGGGAGCCCUAUUUCUAAGUUUACAAACAUGCUGUGGAUAGGUUGGAUCAGUCAAACCCGGUGGUUGAAGCAUGUAAACCGGCUCUUCCAAGUCACCAUGCAGAAAAGCAUUAUUGACAUCCAAUUGAUGUAAUGGCCAACCAAAAGAUAAGGCAAUGGUAAGUACAACACGUACUGAUGUGGGUCGAACAACAGGGCGGAAAGUGUCUGUGAAAUCUACUCCUUCCUCUUUGCUCCGCACCUUUGGCUACUAGCCGGGCUUUGAAGCGUUCUAACAUCAGCUCUUCUUUAUACUCGGUAAACCCAUUUACUGCUCCCGAUGUUGCCCGAUUGUUCUUAUACCACAUUUCUAAGUUGCACGGGCGGGCUACCAACUCACAUUUUGACGGAUCUAGAUUGUGGUUGUGUUUUGCGAUAUCAUGAAGUGUUUCGUAUAUUGUCGUAAGUGGAAAAGGCGCGCAGCGUUCUCGAUCAGAUCUCUUCCUGGGUUUGUCUCCGCGGCUUCACUAGUAAAUUCUUCGUUUCAUUGCUUGUCUCGUCUACGCCUGACAAGAUAAGAUAAGGUCAGAGUGCAAUCGGUGCGUGCUUGGCCCGGACGUUAAUCUGGCAAUAAGACGCAGUAUGCUUUUCUCAAAUGGUUUGGAGUAAGAGUGUAUGGAAAGGCGCGGAGUUCGGAGUGGAAUCGGCUACCUCAGUGCUUGCCUACAUCUCAUGUGAAAAAUAAACUCGCUAACGCUCGGGCUUCAACUCCAAACUUGUAGCACUGGUCAACGUACUAUUCCUCUUGGCUCUACUACUCUCAAAGAGCAUUCAACAAAGAAGAUAGCUCUCUAGAUCCUAUAUAGCUAGCUACUCAAGAUAUAAGUGAAUUGUCUGUGCCGGACUUGCUUGCAUAAGUAGAGCUGGGUCAGUUCAGGAAUCUGCUUACGUUGUAGACUAGUGACUCGUUAUCGUCAAGAUGGUAAAGGCUGUCUUUUCUCGCUUCGCUUCAAACCAGGGGCAUAGUUUCUUCUUUAGGUAAGGCUCCUCUCUGGAAGAAAAUUUCAUUGGCUCACUAGAUACCGAGGCUGGUCAAGGUUCACCCAAACACGCAAAUCGUAAACAUAAAAAUCCCUCGAAUAAGAAAUGUGAUAGCUCGGGCACUUUCUUCGUCAACAUGGGAAUCCGAAACAAAGACUAGCCUCUUCAACAAGGGAAGGCUAUCUGCCUACAUCCACUUACAUGGGAUGGGAUGGGACUACCUCCUUCCAAACAAACACUCUGAUCAUCGGCUCAAAAUCGAUCUGUAGGCAUAGGAGAAUGAAUCGGAUAGGGCUACUACUUAUUUUUAGGAGACUUACUUACGUUCUCUUUCAUCGGCGUUCUGGCUAUCAAGUCAAAGGGUCUUUCGUGAGAAAAAAAGCUGCGGCAGGCUUCUGAGAAAUAGAAAGUCUCUUUUCGCUACUCCUUACUAAUAAAAAAGUGAAGAUCCUUACGCGUACUCUAUUCGGGAAGAAUGAUCUUCGGUAAAAAGAGAAAGAAGUCUUCAAUUAAGCUGUAUUAAUCCCAGCUUACUCUGGCAUUGAAUGGUUCCCCUAACCCUUCUUGAUCUGACAGUAUGAAAAUCCCCUACAUUAAGCAUUUGGUUUUUAUGUAUCCGCCAGAAUCUCCUUUUUUUUCUUAACACUGUUGGCCCUCCUGUCAAACACCAUUUCUCCCACUAGAGAAACUGAAAACUCCCCGACCCAAGAAUCUAAUAGAGUCACCUGAGACUCAUCAACCGAAGAAGCAAAGGUGGUGACAGUGAAAUAGGAUCAGUCGAGCAUAUUAUAACCUCGGAUUCUGAGUACGAAAGAAAGGGUGUAUCCCGCCAAAACAAAAGACAUACUGGGGAUGCCGUUUCCUACUAAUAUCAAGGAAUUGAGAGGCUACCCUCAUUCAGCUUUCGCAGGCCCGGGCACUUUGGAGUUUUGCUUGGCUUUUCUAGUGCUUCAAAAAGCAAAUCUGGUUCGUGUGGGGCUAAUGGAGAAAAGAUGUACAGUGAUGCAAAAUGUCAAGGGCGCGCAGCGUGGGCAUAUUCUGAGGCAGUGAAUGAGUCCGUUCAAGACUUCGAUCCUAUGCUUUCCUAAUCUAGCGACUUUCGGAUUAUUCUUAUUCCCUGAAAAAAAGGAGCCCUUACUCAUCUUAAACAAAAGGCUUAGCGCCCUCAACUUACCAAUUUCACUAUAGGCUGGCUCUUGGUGGAAAGGUUCAAUUUCUGAUUCUUUUCUUGGAGCUGCAGAUGUAAAGAAGAAUUGAAUGCCGGCUAUUGCUUGAUCUUAUCCGGCUCGGCUGGCUGGCCAUAAACAACCAACUACUGCAUAAAGAACAGAAGGAUAGGGCUGAAACGUGGCUAGAAAUGCGGAAAGCAAUCGAUUGAAUCCAACGUGAGUCAACAGCGGGGUCUAUUAGUGCGUUACCGAGGGUGGUAUCAAAGGCAUAAAAGGGUUAGAAAGCGCCACGGCGCUAACACGCAUCCAUUUUCUUGCUAGAUGCUGACCAAUUGGUCAUGAACAUCGUAAGGCGUUGCUCUUCGCGAAUCCCUGCCGUAGUAUCAGCUACCCCUACUCGCUUAAAGCCCUUUACCGAAGAACUUCCACAAUGGUUUCCCUUUGACAUCUUGUAAGUCACAGCCUCCUUACCUGAAUGAACGAGCCAAUAAACUGGUGAUCGGUCCAUUUACUAUUUAUUAUAGUCUAUGACGGAAGAUCGUCUCUUUGCACAUGAGAUGCGUACUUUGUGGUUGGCCAGGAUAAGCAAAGCCUACAUCAUCUAGGACUUGCCAUUGAAAAAAAACCUUUCUAUUCGGUCAUCAACAGCUCGGGUCCAUUUAGCUUCGGUGACCAGAUAGAUCCAUCAUCUUCGAGGAGGAGGAAACAUAAGUCCAAUACGCGUUAUGGAAGACUAGGGAUUGCUAAUCCGCCCACGCGGGAAGCCUUCUCCCUCUCAGGCUCAAGAGUCAAGAUAGCCCGCCCUAAACAAGAAGCAGCUUAUUCUUUCUACUAUGGCAAUGGCAAUGGCAUGGCGGAUAAAGCAAACCAAAACGCGCAACGGCUUUCGCGCUAGUUGCUCCAUCCGUUGCUUGUUUGGUUUCGAUGCAUAAAUCAACCUCUCGUUCAGGCGGUAAUCCUGGUAGAGUCUCAUGGAAGACGUCGGUAAAUUCUGACACCACUGGAAUAGAUGAUAGGUUCUUGACCUCCGAUUUCGUCUGCAUGGCUGAUACAAGGUAGGCGGUACAACCUGACUCGAUUAGAUGCUGUGCCUGUAAAGCUGAGAUUGUCGUGAUUCGAUCACCAACUUGUCUGAAUUGCAAUGAAAAUGGCUUAGUCCCCGGUUUCUGGAAUGUCACCUUCCUGCGUGGACAAUCAAUCGUGGCAUGAUGCAUAGUCAACCAUUCCAAGCCCAGCAUCAUAUCGUCCUGCUUUUGCAACUAUUGGGUCUACUCUUAGCUCUCGUCCUGCAAUCUGUAUCUUAAGGUAUGAACACCUCAAUUCCUGAAUGAAGAAUUCAAAGGUUCCGAUCAACAUUGUUUUUCCACUCUCUAUUGUCGCCAGCCCACAUCUUUUGACCCAAGCUUUAGAUGAUACUGAGUGACUGCAUCCAGUAUCAAUCAGUACGUAAGCAAAGCACCCAGAAAUAUUGAAGAUACCUGCUAUCAGUUCUGUGGCCACGGUAGUGUCAUCUGUCUGAUCUAGUCUGUCGAUUGGUCCCCCAGCCUCGCUGUGAUGUGCCUGAACUGUGACUCGCGCGCCUCCUCUGCCUCCAAAUCUCACGUCCCGCUGAGAGAUGGGACCUCCACGACCUCUCGGCUGUUGUGUACCGCCACCUCUCGCCACUACUCCCUGUGUCAUCGGUUUGGUUCGGUCUGUACACCAAGCAUGAGUUUUGAAUUUGGCUUGGGACACUCCCUAGCGAAAUGACCGAGCCCACCACAAUUGUAACAAGUGCCAUUCUUCCUGUAGCAAGUUGACUCAUGAUGUCUCCCUUGACAAUAUCGACACCAAACCUUCUCGUAAUUCACAACGCCAGAAUUUUGCUUAGCUGGAUUUGCUGAUGGCGGGGAAUUCAUUGUUGGCCUUGAUUGAUGAUCCCUCGUGGCUUUACAUUGAGAACAAAGCUUUGCUGACCCGCUCAUAUGACUCCACUCGUAGCGCAUGUGCCAUCAGAUCCACUAGUCUCACUGUACCAGGAAGGUCGAUUAUUUGUGUAAAUCUGGGACCUUCCAGAUAUUGCCGUCGCAAGCGGAAGUCAUCUGCCACAAUGUCGGGAGCAUACCUCAUCAAGUUGUCGCAUUUCAUAUUGUAGUCCUGAACAGUACCACUCCCUUGUUUUAGGCUAACGAAUUGCUGUCGAAGCGCUUCCCGAGACAUAACAUCUAAAUACUGAUCAUUGAAUUCUCGCUCGAACCACGCCCAAGGAAUGGUUGGAUUUGAACCAUCAUUAUCUCCAUUAUGUCUCUUCUUUGCCUCCUGCCACCAGAAAGGAGCAUGGAAACAUGAGAAGCAAAGAAAGAAUGAACAUAUGGGCGUUAAGAGUUUUUUUUUGAGUUAAAUAGCUGGGAAUAAGGCUUACCUUUCGUAAGUCCAAUAUGCGAGUAAGAACAUGUGCGGGGAUAGGCAUAUGUUUGAGGAUAUGGAGGAAAUAGAACGAUUUCACUAAUUGUUUCGUCUGGGUCGUCUUUUAUUUUUUUACUUAUUUCUUUCUCACUCACUACUUUUUUCUAUUUUCUUUUGUCUAUCGAAACAGCCUAGGAUUUGACCUAGUCAGCUUAUGCUUCAUUUCCUUCGAUUUCUUCUUUCGAUAUGAGCGAGCUUACCCAAAACCUAUACUUUAAUGAUCUAGUAGCCCUAUUCACAUAUGCCUAUUUCUCUAAACCUAGUCCUAUUACUGGCAUAUCUCUCCCGGUGCUCGCUUAUCCCUAUUCCGUGCAUACCUGUCUCUUGCAUACAUAACUUUACUUUCCCAUGCCCACGCCUAUCUGUGAAUCCCUUUCCAUGAACUCUUAGGCUAUUGAAACCAUAUCUCGCCUAUUUUUAGUAGCUUACUCGUUCAUACCUAGCACCUGUUUCUCAACGUUACACAUACCUUGAAUGCCAACCAACAACUUGUUGACCUAACCAGAUGCGGUACGUGCUUCUUUGUUAAAUACUAUACUAUCCCUCUAAGCUAUUCCAUGCCUUUCUGUGAAAGCCUAUUCCUUACUUAUACCAUACAUGCCUCUUUCUAGUCCUAUUACAUACACAUAUUACACCUUCCUCUAACAAAUAAAAAAAUCCAUCUCUUCCGUCCGGGUUUUGCUUGACUUAUCACGCAUGCAUACUUGAAAUACUUUACUUAGCUUUCUAAACCUCAACCUAUACCAUUGCUUCUCCGUGAAUACAUACUUGCUUAGCUAACUACCUUAACCUUAAGAAAAGAAGUAUUAAUCACAAGCAAAUGCCUAGCUAGCUAAAACAACCUAUCCAGAUGCAUAUCUCGAUACCUGUUCGGUCGGUGCUUCUUUCAAGGGACAACCUCUGCUCGUGGUUCAUAUCUUGCUAGCUCUGUCCCAAGCUCCUCUUUCUAGUAGCCCUACUAAACCUAUGAGUUGACUCGUACAUACUCACUUAUUCUUUACUUAUCUUAUCUGUGACUGCAUAUUCCUAGCAUUGACCUAUUCAAUAUGUCUCUAUUGGCUAAACAAUAGCCCUUGUAAAAACAACUAUACCUGUCUCUGCCCGUGAAAACGAAAAAACAAAUCAACUACGGCUCGGCUCCCUCAACGUACUCACUUGUUGACCUAUCCAGCUUAUCCAACUACUUGACCUAAACCAUAUGGAUAUACCGGUACUGCACCGUUACGCAAAAAUGAACUCCUUUUUAUAGUGGGCCUAUGUCUUGUAUCCGUUACUUGGUCGUUCAAAUCACACAACCCAUACCUAACUCCUGUUUAGAAACCUGUGCUUGCCAGCUUAUCCUUUUUAGAAAUAUGCCUAUUCCUUUCCCUGAGCAAGGUAUAUAGAGGUAGUCACUCAUUGCCAGAACUACUACUAAAUGCCAAUGCUAGUGCUAAGCUUCAAGUACUACUCAGAAAUCUUAUGCAUAGGAAAUCCUAUCUAUAUAGAUAGUGGUUUCGUUAUCCUCAAGUCACUCAAUAAACUCUUUCCUACUUUCGUUAGACUUCUAUCGGGUAGCUGCUUACACCUACUUUCCUAUUAUAAAUUGCUGCUACUCCCUAUGUUUCCUAUUUUUGCGGCUACCUCCCUAGUGAGUGAGUCCUCCCACCCAAGCUAGAAACCUAUACCCAAGUUAACUCCUUUCUACUAUUUGUUUUCGUUCUUAUACUGAUUGCUGUUUUUCACUGUCUCCUAUUCAUGCUUAGCGCCCUGGGUAUCCUUUGAAA